AUGGCUGCUAAUCCGGGGGGUGUCAGCCCUCAGCAGGAGGGAGCUGCGGCAGGAGCCGCCUGGAGCUCGCCGGACCCGAGAGGGACCUUCAGGGCUCAGCCAGCGCAGCAUCCUCCCGUUACCAUGGAGACAGCAUCCACAGGUAGAGUGGUACCCAGGGAGGCAGCCCCAUCACAUCCUGCAUCCCCUAUAUAGCAUCCCCCCAGCGGCAGCCUGUGUGCUGGGGAACUCAUCACAAGUCAACACAAUUAACACAACACUGAGAUAAUACACUAAAGAAACAAAACACAAAAAAAAUAUUAUUGGGUUUAUAAAAUAGGGGGGUUUCCUCACUCUCCCUCUGGGUUUAGUUCGGCUCCAUGGUGGCAGUGUUGUUGAUGUUGUACAUUUCUAAAUGAUCAGUAUUUAUUUUAUUUAUAUAUAUAUAUUUUGGAGGGAAAGUAGGGUGCAAUGCUUUGUGGGUCACCUGUACAUGUAUAUGUGGGGCCAGCAGUGUGUCUGCUAAGAAAACUACAUGUGAAUGGUUGAUUUGCACAAUUAAACAUCUCUAGUAUACAUGUAGGAAAGUGACAGGUUCUUUUAGAUUUUUUAUUUAAUUUAUUUGUUUAUUAGAUGCAUUGGAGCAUGGUGGAUGCGGUUUUCAUGUUGGAUCAUAAUUAGUCACACCCACUUUCUCCUAAUGAUACAGGAUUUGCCUCUAUUUUUCAAGUUUUUUAUUUUUAUUUUCUAGUUUAAACAAGGCUUCCAAAACGACAAAAAAAAAAUCCCUGAAAGACAUUACAGCUCACACAAAAUGCAGCUUGUCAAACUGUCAGAUCUAUUGCCUUGUACUGUCAAUCUCAUCUAGUAGAUAAUUUAGGUAAUUUUAGUCCAAAUAUAGUUUAGCAAUUCAGGGUUCUCGCUCAAAACCCCCCACAUCUAAGUCUCAAGAGAUUUGUAAUUGUAUAUAACUUGAGAAAAUAAAACCUCAUAUCGAUCUAAUGCUUGAACGCAUACAGCUAUUCUCUAAAAGUAAGAUAUAUGUGUUCUUAUUUCUGUAAAACACUUUAAAAUAAAAAAAAAUGGAUGUCUUUGGAAAACUCAAUAUUUGUAUAAUAGAAGUAUUGUUUUUUUUUCUUAGGAAGAAGUCUAAUAAAUCUGUACUGCUCUUUAACCCCUUAAGGACCAAACUUCUGGAAUAAAAGGGAAUCGUGACAUGUCAGACAUGUCAUGUGUCCUUAAGGGGUUAAUCAGUACUGCCACACAGACAGUUCUCUGUUAAAUGUAAAUAAAGGAAUUCAGUUCUAAUAGUUAAACCUUUCAAAAUAAGUACAAACAGCAAAGUGAUUAACGUUAUCUGUUAAUUGCUUUAAUGCCCCUUUCAUUUUAUAUAGUAAGGUUAUUCUCUAAACAGCGAUCUGGGGUGAGUUGACACUUUCAGACCGACCUAAUGAGAUUAGAAAACUAAUUUGGCUGAGAGUUUAGUCUGUUAUUUCUCCAGAGCCCACAGUGCUUAGUGAGUACACUUUAGUGUGCUUGAUGCAUGUUGUCUACAAUCUAUUUCAUUUAGACAUUGCCUGGAAAAUUGUAUUGCACUUAAAUAUAGCACACGGGUCACUAAACAACCUUUAAUGCCAUGGUUUAAAUUCAAUGAGCAGCUACAAAGUGACCUAUAUAUAGACAUGAAUACUCUAUAUACAACUGGCAAAAUGGAUAUAGAGAGACACGGAUUAGAGGCAUAUAUAUGGAGCUACAACAAGCAGAGAGACGUUGGAUACACUGAGAAGGUCUUCUGAAUGUGGCAUAAUACAGAAAUAUAGAUGCUCUAUUCAUAGUAACACUUUACAGAGAAAUGGCACUAUGCACAUGUUGAACAUUAUAUAUGUAAACGCAGAUACACUAUAGACAGAGACACUACAUACAGACUAAUAAUACAGAGGCCCAGAUACAUGUAGCAGUGGGACACUAUACAGAGACAAAGGUGGUCUCCCUGUAUUCAGAGCGACAUUGUACAGACACCAGGCACAUAAUCAGAGAUGGAGCAAAAGCCACUCUGAUUGACAUACUACAAAGAUUGACAGACUGAAGACACACACAUUGAUCGAUACAUGGAAUGCGCCUUUUGGACAAGUUAAGGACUAGCUUCACAUUAUAUUUACUAUAGUAUUAAUGCUUAUAAUGUUCUCACUACAGCACCUUCCACAAGAGCUUUGCUAUUUUUUAAUUUACUUUGCAGAUUGCUACAUUUAUCAUCUGAAAGAUUAAGAUUUAUUAAAUGCUAAUCACAAUGAUUUAUAUAAACAGUGCUAGAUGCUAAUAAUUUGCCAUUCUGAUAUGUAUAUUUAAAAUAACAUAUAGUUGUAUGCUGCAUUGAUAGUGUCCCAAUGGCUUACACCUGUGUUAACAUAGGUAAAAUAUGUUGUUCUGUUCUGUACUGUACGGCAGUGAUGUAAAAUGUCUGCCCCUCUCCCUCCGGAUAUCGUUGGCCUACAAAUCCCAGAAGUCUUUGAAUGUAGUAGAUGGCCAGAGUUUGAGAUAUCUGCUGUUGGGUUAACAAUUGCAUAAGGGACAGUUGGACCCAUUUAUGUAGAAUUAGGUAAAAAGAGGAAAUUUGUAUUAUCAGCCUGUGCACAGAUAUUACCCGAAAAGAAAGAAUCAGACUUAAGAUACCAAUAAUGAGAACAGUCAUAAAUAUGUCAAAAUGCUUGUGCUGGCAGUAACAGAGCGAUAAUCAUUGAACAAGCCAAGUAAGCAAAGCCAAAAGCCAUAAAUCUUUAGAGUAAAUACAGGCCAGGUCAGAGCAUGUGAACUAUAUGGAAUCAUCAUGGGCCUGUAUGUUUCUAUUUGCACUACAAAAAUAAAGAAUUAUAAAAAAACAAAAAACUUUAUUGAAUUGGUCACAUGCGCAACAACCACACAAGUCCACAGAGCAUUGGAGUCACCAGUCUCGCCACUGGCACUCCAUUAAGAAAAUCUGUAUUAAAGAUACACUCCACACAGCUGGAAAAGUGGCCACGGACACCAUAAAUUGCUUAGACUAGUGGCUAUGGAAAGAGUGUUUGCGUGGCGUCUCAUUUGUUUUUGUCAGACCAUUUUUGAGAAGUGUGACAAAAGCUCUCCUGGCCAUCAGCUGCCAUUAAAGAGAUGUAAAAUAUUUCCAUCCACAUUCCCUAUACACAGCAGCCAGCCCUUGGACUAUAAAUAUGUAAGCUUCUAUCUUAAUAACAAGUUCCUACGCACAUAGAUAUUCUAUUCUACAUUUUGGAACUCUGUGACCCCUCUCACCAGAGAACCCCUUCCACUACAUAAUAUAUCAAUACUCCCUCUUUCUCUCAAAGCUACACUUAGUUCAAAUGGGUGUCAUUUGCAACUGGAGAGCCUUACUUCCCCACCUCUUUAAUUCUUUAUGGAUACAAUGUGUGAAAAUUCUGCAAAAUAUUAAUUCAUUGAAUUUUGUUUCUGCAAAUCGCUAAGAUUCCCUGAGUUUCCCCAUUUUGUCAUAGUCCUACCAUUGCUUACAGUAGGAGUACUGUGCAGAUCCAAUUAAUUAAAUUGCUCAAAAAGUAAUAACGGCUGUUGCUCAGCCUCUAUUAGUUUUAUGUUGUUUUCAUGAAUUCCUUCUAUGGCUUAGUAAUAGCAAAGUUAUUAAAGCUGAAGAAUUUCACCGAGUCCUUGUUAGCUCUUUAGAUCCAAACAAAGUUUAAUGCUCACUCUGAAGUGGUUUUAAAAUUGGCUUUAGAAAGGAUAAUAAAAUGCCUUCCUGACUCCAAAAUGCCAAAUGAAUUUAUUAUAAUGACUAUUUAAACUUUUUAUAUUCUGAAAAUGCAUGUAGGUCUCUUUUAAACGGAUCUAUGACAUUUGACAUCAUGACUUUUCUAGGAAGUGAAUUCUGUAUCUUUAUUUUAUUUAAUGAGAAAAAAACCCAACUUUCCUCCUUCUUAAAGUCUAAACUAGUGCCUUGGUUCUAAUCUUUAAUGGCCAUGUCACUAGAAAGGUGUAUUAGUUCUGUAUAUAUUUCAUAAUGUUACUAUAACCUUCAAAGACAACUUCGCUAGCUUCUCUUUAUAACAGGAAUCUCCCAUGACCUUUUCCGCCUCCAUAAUUAUGCGUUUGUUAACUGGUGCUUGUUUCCCCUAUUUCUUAGUCAUUCUGAUUCCAUAACAUCCAGAGUACGAUUAGGGUGAUGCUAGGCAGCUGCCUAGGGCCCAGGGGGUAGGCACGGGCCCCAGAACAAUGUAUUUGCAUAACUCCAUUAACCAUCCUUAUGUAAAGAAUGAAGCAGGGCCCGAACUAGUAGCUUGCCCCAGGGCCUCAUGAGAUCUUAAUACUCUCUGCUGACAUCAGCCUGAUUACGUACCAUGUUUACCAUAUUGGGAGGACCAAUAGUACGCUGUGCUAUUCUUUUAGCUCUGUUUCGACUCUCUAUCAGGCCGUGUGGAGUACAGCUUAUGGGGAACAUCUGAUGCCAAACGUUACGCUAUGUUGUGGGGUUGUUUGCAUACUGAUCCAAAAUUGAUGUUCUUUUCCAGAUACAUAUUUACAUAUAAACCCAAUAUUUCAAAGUGUAGAUUUUAACAACCCAUGGCAAUAAGAGGGAGGUCAGUACCCACCUUGAAUCUUUGUUAAUAGUGCGAUAUGUAUGAGUAGGUGUCAUGUCUCCUUGUGGAUCCAGCAUAGUUGCUUUCAAAUAUUUUAAAGUUGCCUAUUUUAAUUUUAUUUGACUUUGAAUGUUUUGUAUCCCCAGCUCGCACAUGUUUCAGGAUGAAAGGAACACUCUGUCACCGUAACAACUUAAUCUAAAUGAAGUUGUUAUGGUGUCAGGAUGCCACUUAAUUGAUUAAAAUGUCCUUGAACAGAUUAACCAGAACAGUUGCCUUCAGUGCUGGUUCUGCAAUUCUCCCAGGCCGCAUCUGACUUCUGAAAUUGAAUAGGGGUGCCCUGAGUGGUCAGCUGACGCUCUAAUAUGAAUGUGGAGAUACUGAUUGGCAAAUCAGUGACACCCCGGCCCGCAGGCACUCCAUGCUUUGUUUAAAAACAAGAAAAAAAUAGAGGGUCAAAACAAGUGAAAUUUAAAAGAGAAACCUGCAUAGCGACAGGGCCGCUUUAAGUACUACCAUAUGCAAGGUUCUGUGAUGGCCAUCAUUACACAGUAUAAUAUUCAGUACAUUUUAUUUUAGCACUUUGCUAAGGUUGCAUUGUGAAUAUAUCAACGGCUGAUGGUGUUUACUAUAUGACUUAAUGAUGAUUACUUUUGUUCAUAAUGCUUAUCAUUAAUUAAAGUAACGCUAAAUAUCAUUAACCUGAAAAUGAUUUUGCAUGGUACGCGGCUUUAUAUUUCCUCAACUCAAUUAUGUGCAACAUAUUUUAUUUUAAUAUGAGCUGAUAUAAAUUAGUAUGAUCACGUCACAAGCCCAUAACAUAAAAUCCCAGUGUCUCUGUUUUAGCACAAACGCUCAUUCACACUUUGGCUUUGAUUUUAUAUUUGUGGAUAAGCUUUUUAAAUUAUCACAAUCCGUGUGAAAAACGUUUCAUAUGAUUUAUCUACAGAAGUCACUAAGUGACGAUGACCUGCAAAACUUAGGCCCAAACAGCUGAUAUCUAAUUCAGCUGAGAUGGGAUGGAUGGCCUAAAUUUUACAAGUUUGAUGUCUGUGCAACAUAGCUUGCUGUUAAGAGAAUACAAGGCAGACUGACAAUAAUAUUGUACCCAAAUAUUUUCAACGCCAAGCGUUUCUUUGUUACCCCAGUUCCACAAUUCGUGAAUCCUCCACUUCCUCUGGCAAGUGACUGGAAUAUUUUUCUGCAUGAAAAAUACAUGUAAUAUGUGCAUGUUGUGUUUUAACCCUCAACAGUUGUAAAUUCCAUCUAUGAAAGUCCUGCAUUAUUUGUAUGCAUAAAUUAUUUACUGUUCUCACAGUAAUUGCUUUUUUAAACUCCGUACCAUAUCCCCUGUAGACUCCUUGACUUAGAAAAUGCCUGCGCCAGAUUUGGGUGUAUCUUAUUACCCUUGCAGUGGGUGUGGGUUGGAAAAAAUGCUAAAUUUAUGGUGACCAAGCUACCAUUUUAAUUAAAGAUGAUUGAGUACUACAAGAAAGCACCGAUUUUAAUGCAACAUAGAAUUUACUAUAAUUACCUCUAAGAAAAUGAAAUAUGAUUGCACUAGUUAUGAAACAAUGAUCGCUGCACACUCUUAAAGAAACACUCCAAGCACCAUAAUCACGACAGCUGGAAACUGGCACCCUGCAGCCCCCAGGUUUGUUGUCAAUUUAUUGGCAAAUAUUUUGACUAUUUACACGGGAGGCGCCAGAGCACUCCUGGCACUAUAACCACUGCACUGUGUUGUAGUAGUUAUGGUGUUUGAAGUGUUCCUUGAGAUUUAAUAUUGAAGAUCGGUAAUCCCACAAGACGGUUCUCAUUUUUCUAAUUUCCAUCCAAUCAAAUAUUUAAAGUAAACCUUUCAUCCAAUAACCUUGUUGACAAGGUCAACUUUUGGGUAGGCAUUACAAUACAAUUUAUAUGUUGCGUCGGCUAAAUCAUUAUUGAUACCCUUACCUGAAAUAUUGUUCCUCGUCCAAGAUGGCCAGCAGUGGAUAUAAACAAGUGCGUGGGCAUUUCCAUCAUUUACUAGUGAUGAGCUCCAGAAAAGUCCAGACUGACUCACACAUGGUUAAAUGGUGGUCUGCAUCAAAGCCCAAGGACUUUACCUGUAAAUGGAGGUGAAUGUUAAAGGAACACUAUAGUGCCAGGAAUUCAAAUGUGUAAUCAUGACACUAUAGGUCUAAAUAGCUGUUUAGCCUCCCAGUCCCCCAUACUUCCCUCCCCCCUUGGCUGAUCUCAUCAAUCUUGAUAAUCUCAUCCAAUCCACUGCUUUCUCAUAGGAAAGCAUUUGGAGGCUAUCACGCAUGCAUGACAAAACGCAACGCUGCACCAAGCAGCAUCUCCUCAUAGAUAUCACUGCAUCUCUGUGGGGAACGUUCAACACCUCCGUGCAGAGCGUUACACUUUGUGCAGCACUAGCCCAGGAAGCAUGUCUAGUGAACGUCUCAGUGACGGCCACUGGAGGUGUCCCUACGCAGUAAUGUAAACACUACCUUUUCUCUGAAAAGGCAGUGUUUAUAUUAAAAUGCCUGUAGGUACUGACUACACUGAACAGAACAACUAAAUUAAGCUGUAAGUAUUCUGGUGACUGUAGUGUCCCUUUAAAUGAGCACUAAAUUCAGCCAGACCAUUUUAUCUCAAUUAAGUUAUCUUCUGGGUGCAGUAGCUGUGUCCUUUUAACCCGGUAAUGUAAGACACUGCAGAUUCUUAGGAAUGGUCCUUUAUGAAGAGCAUUGGAUCAUACCAUUGUGGCACACGGGGGCAGAACCUACAUAGAACUCUGGACAGGGCCACUGGAGGUGUCCCUACGCAGUAAUGUAAACACUACCUUUUCUCUGAACACUAGGAAUACUGAGUGCCCCUUUAAGGGGAACAAUUCAAUAAGGCGGUGUUAAAACAAACCGUUUGAAGUUUACAAACACAAUGAGACCUGUAUUCUAUGAAUAGAUCCAAACAUGUUGAACUAAGUGGUUCAUGCUCACUACAAAUCACAGUUUAUGGUACCACCAGUUAUUUCAAGUUAAUGGUGGUCAUCCCACACUUUGUUCAAAUACAAAUGAGUAAAGAGGAAAUAUUGCAGAGGAACACUAUAUUAUUUAUUCUAUUGAUAUUCAUGUACAUGCACACAUUUUAAACCAUAGUACUGAUAAUACUAGUCUCUUAGUGAAUAGGAUGUAGUUUCUCUCCUUAGCUAUGUUCUGACCCAUCACAUUUCUCAGCAUCUGUAAUCCCUAUCGGGUCUCAUCCAGGUUCUGGUAGUACAGUAUCACCAGAUAGCCAGUCCUACAGUGUGUUUUGCAUUAUGAUAUAAUCUCAGCCUGGAGGAUACGCUACUCAAUAAUUAUGGGACCUCUCUAUAAUUCUUACACUUAAUAUAUACGCAAAUGAGUACGUUGGAUGGCUGAGGACAUGAUCGUGGAGAUCCACCACUCAGAUGGAUGAUGCAGAUCUCAGAAUUUGGAAGGAGCUUUGCAGUCACUGUCACCUUUUAGUACAAUGUCUGAAUUCAUCAUUUGUGUAUUUUAGUUUUGCAUUAUCUUGAUGUCAUUACUAGCAUGAUGUCAUCAGUGAAUCUGGAUGUCAGAUAUGUAUUUGUCUUUAAAACAGGAAUUCAUAAGUACUUUAUUGUUGUUUUCUGUAAAUACAAUUUAAAACAAGUAAAAUUGUUACAAAUAUUGCAUUAUACAUCCCACAUCCUGACAAAUAAUUGCAAUUUGUAACAGUAUAUUAUAGACAUUUAUAGAUCAGAUACAAUAUAAUUCACAAGGAAAGAAUAUUUUAGAGUAGAGUUUAUCAGUUAUACAUUGAUUUAUUCCUUUACAACCAGUUUGUUUUAACACUACUUGCUUUAUUACUACUUUUGCGUUUUCUCCAUAAAGUUACUGCAUUUUUUUUUUUUACCUUUGCACUUGGGGCAGAGUUACAAUAAAAAAAAAAAAGUACAAAUUUGUGAACAACAAAAAAUGUACUUUUUACAUAACCUGACGUUUUUCUACAGUUAACCACCUCACAGCUGAUACACUGGUGUUUUUAUUUCAAUGGACAUCCAAAUUACAAAAUAUAAGGCAAAAUAGCUAAGUUUGGAAAAAAUAUCUAACCAUUUAAUGGUCAGUUCUUGUACUUUUCAUUUUGCAUUCUUCAAAUGUCACGUAAAAUGCUCAUUUUCUUUUACUAUUACUGACUUCAGUCUUUUUCACAAAACGUUUUAUUCUCAGUUCCUCAUAAGCCCUUGUUCCUAAUUUCUCAUUAAACCCUUACCCAUUUACGUCAAAGAACUAGAAAUCUGUCGUUGUACUUUUCAGCUAGCCUCUAUACAAGGUGCACCUUUAUUGAUAGGUUAUCACUAGAGAUGUCGUGAACCGUCCGAACUUCUCGCGAACGGUUCGUCACGAGCUGUUCGCGGCGAACUCCGGUCAGCUGACACGUCCCGGCCAAUCUCCAGCAGACCCUCCCUCCCAGACCCUCCUACUUCCUGGACAGCAUCCAUGUUGAAACCGCGGCGAACCGUUCGCGAGAAGUUUGCGGACGGUUCGCAACAUCUCUAGUUAUCACCAAAAUGUCUGGCUAAUUCUACUUUAAUAUGUCAACUAAAAAAAUUAAUGUCAAAUAGUAAACUUAGGAAACCUUGGGAUUUAUUCACUAAACAAGGAAAUGUAGUAAAUGGCAACAUUUUUACAUUAAAUUUGAUAAAUUUGUACAACUUCUUUUUUUUUUUUUUUUUUUAAUUUUUCGUUUUAUUCAUUUUUCAGAAUUGAACAAAAACAUUGGUAAAGCGAGAUUACAGAUGUGGUAUUCUACAGUGUAGACAAUACAGUAAAAUGAACAAUAGAGUUGUUUACAGAGUAUCCAUUACAAUUGUAAGUUUGAAAUGAGUAUGAGGUUGUCAAAGUGGCUUAGGUGGUUAAUUGACGCGUUUCGCCUUCAAACAAUGAAGAAAGAAAAAGCCUCGGUGCAACUCAUUAGUGGAAAAGCAACACAAAGCAAUCUAUGGUAUGUAUUAUACCUCAUAUGGUGGACGGAAUAAGUCGUUUUCAACACUAGUGUACAUUCCUGAGAUUUUUUUAUUUUUUAUUGGUUGUUGGAUAGGAGGACCAAGUCUCUAAGAGUUGGAAAGGGAAUAGAGGCAGGUUGGGGGUGAGGUUAGAACUAUUUCCUUGAAGGGAGAGUAGUCAAACUGUCUAGCCGGCUAGCCUGCCACCGACUAGUUGCUCUCCAGUAGUACAUGAAAUGUGGGCUUUUGCCAUGGGGUAAGGUGCUGGAAGUUAUAAUUGUCUAGGACUGAAAGGAUUUACUGUUUACAAAGUUGUUCCAUGGCUCCCAAAUGGUCUCAAAUUGUCCCUUUUUCCCUUGCUUUGCUAGUGUAAUUUCUUCCAUUAAUUUAAUGGAUUCAGCUCUCGAUAUCCAUUCCCUGAUUGAGGGAGGAGUAGGCUGUUUCCAGUAUUUAGGUAUCAAUUGUGAGGCUGCCAUAGCAAGGUGACGGAACAAUGCUGUCUCCUGUUUCGUGAAUUCUUGCGGGGAGAGGAGGAAAAUGUAUUGGUCGGGGGUACAUGGGAAGGAUUUGUGGAAUAUCAUCUGAAUGAACGAGUGUAUUCUAUUCCAGUACUUGGAAAUUGUUGGGCAAUGCCACCAAAUAUGUGAGUGGUGAGCAUUUGGGGCGGUGCACCUGCAGCAUCUGUCUGGUGAUGUGUUGUAAAAUUGGUGGAGUUUAGUAGGCGUGUUAUGCCAUCGAGUUAAACGUUUAAAGUUACAUUCCUGGGCGUGGACCGAGACCGAGGAUUUGUGUGUAGUAAUGAAGAUGUUUCGCCAUUGUUGAUUGGUAAAAUUGAUUUUCAGUUCAUCUGACCACUUCAGAAUGUAGCUAGGGGGAUUUUGCGUGAGCGCAUCUCUGAGUAUAGAGUGAAGAGAGGAAAGGAUUCUUUUUUUUUGGUGUUAGUGAAGUGCAUAUUUGUUCGAACUUGGUAAGGGGUCUGUCGCCUUUUGGAAGUAGUGUCUGGGUUUUGAUGAAGUGUUUCAUCUGGUUAUAGUAGAAAUGUUGGUUCCCUGUGUGAGAUUUGGAGGAGGUGAGUUCUUGUAAAGGUUUAAGUUUGCCCUUGCUUAGUGCAUCCAUCAGUUUCAAGAACGGGCCCUCAUAUUGUAAGCCGAAUUGUUUCCCUGAUGUUCCCUGGUGUAGGUGAGAGUUGAGAGUUAAGAGUUAAGGGGUAUAAAGUUGAUGAGAAAGGUGAUAUAUCUGUUUUUGCCCUCAGUUUAAACCAGAUGUUAAGUGUCGUGGAUAUCGUUGGGUGUUUGCUUGUUAGACCUGUGUAUUGGAUGGCUUGGUGAAAAUUUGUACAACUUCUGUAGCCUCAAUUUUGCCAUUCACAUUUUUAAUUUGGAGUUUAGUGGAUAUACCAAAUGUGCAUACUGUUACGCGAAUGGAUGGCUAGCGGUAGGUUGAGUACAUCGGUUGACGCUCACAGCCAAUUAGUGGCAUCCAAUGCUUCCCCUCUCUGCUGCGUAAAUUGGCAGAUCAGCGAAGGGGAAAAUCCAUGCGCAUCCAGGGAGUACCUUAGGUGUUAAGCUGUUUGAAAAUGGUUUAUCACAUUCAAGGAACACUCCACACACCUAUAGCUUGCUGAAAUACUUUAUGUGUGAAGAGUGUGUCCUUUUUUUAAAUUUUACAAAAAAAAAUGCAGUUUUUAAUAGAAAUUGGCACUUUUUAAAUUAAUGUGAUUGGACAACCAUAGAAAGUCUGGGCGGGGGAAGAAAGGGUUGACUUGCAAAGGCUGCAGACAAGAGAUCUGCAGCUUUUGCAAGCUGUUUUAGAAAUAUACCCCAAUUAAAAAAAUUAAAUGCAUUCAUGUUUUCAUAGGGUAUAUAUCUACUAAGUUUCAGUGCAUAUAUAUUUUUUGUAUUAGGGUAGCGGAACGUCCCUUUAAUUUAUAACGGCACCCAAGGACGUUGAGGGAAGAACGUCCUUUCAAAAUGCUCUACUUCACUAGUGCCAUCUCUCUUGGAACCCCAGGUUUGCAUCAGCGUGAUUCUUAUAUACAAAUAUGAUUCCUGCGGGCAAUCUCCCACUAUUCCUGGGUGGCAGCAAUGACUAUGGUACACAUCAGUGCCAAUGCAUACUAUAAUAGUGUGAUUCCUGCUUAGAAAUUUUGUGAGAUAUUAAUCAGAUUUGAAAAAUUAUUACAGUUAUUAAAUUCAAGAAGUUACAUAUAACCCCAAAAGGCUGUUUAUUAAUAUUACUAAUACUGUAUAAGCAGUACCAUGUGUAGCAUUCUCUCCUUGGCUAUGACAUGCCUUACUAAGUUUCAAAAAGUGAAUAUUUUGUGUACCCACUUCUCCCAGUUUGAUUUUAAAUUACUUUAGGGAGCUGAGUAAUUGGAUAACUGUCCUCGAUAUAUUUUGUCAUUGUCAUGGGACCUAACAUAAAUACAUUCAGUAAGAUAGAACUUGGUUUGGCACAUUUGCCAUUAGCAAUUUUCAUUUCAGUAGUGUCUGAAGAUGUGCGUGGAAUAAUAGUUUAUUUAAAAUGUACACGCUAAUAUAGAUUUUGCAUCAGGCUUCUCCCUUGUAGAAGUAGCAGCACUUGAAUUGAUUGUAGGAAUGGGUCGAUACCGCUGCAUGCAACCUGCAAUGUGAAUUCAUUUCUAUGUAUGUGAUCAUUGUAUGGUUUAUAAUUUUAUUAGAUCCUUGCAUUUUUUUUUGUGCUGAUUUGCCAUCAUUUAUCAUUUGCACAGCCCAUAAAAACAUGAAGCCAUAUUCAUGUUUUCAUUAUUCUGCUGCAUAAACAAUUUGACUGGUAGUUCCAUCAUAGCUGAAUAAAGGCUUUCUGCCAUGUCGGCCUUCUCAAUAACACUGUAACGUCAUAUGAAUUUAAAGGGACACCCCAUGCCCCAUUACCAUCACCACAAAAACUGCAGCUUAUUGUAGUGGCUGUAGUUCAGGACAUCAUUGUGUGCAGUCCCUCUUGCUUUUGUCAAAUUUUUAUUAUUUUAUUUUUUUUUACCUAAAAACAUAGCUCUCCAUUUAACAAUCACAGCCUAUUUUUGAAGGGACACUAGUCACCUGAACAACUUCAGCUUAAUGAGGUUGUUCAGGUGAGAACUAUGGCUCCCUGCAGCCUCUCAUGUAAACACUGUGUUUUCUGAGAAAAUACAGUGUUUACAUUGAAAGCUAGGAACACUUCCAGUUGCAGUCACUCAGAGUGAACCAGAGGGACUUCGGAGUUGAUGGAGGCAUAAUAUGCCUCCAUCCACUCAGAUCUGCUGUCAGCAGAGCACAGGGCAGCACUGUGCACAGCAUCCUGUGAUUCAGUAUCUCCUCCCUCUGCAUGCAGACACUGAACCUUCCUCAUAGAGAUUCAUUGAUUCAAUUCAUCUCUAUGAGGAGAUGCUGAUUGGCCAGGGCUGUGUUUGAAUUGUGCUGGCUCUGCCCCUGAUCUGCCUCUUUGUCAGUCUCAGCCAAUCCUAUGGGGAAUCAUUGUGAUUGGAUCAGGCUACCACAUGUCAGCAGACUGCUUGUUUUUCUGAGUCUAACAGCAUGCAGAGUUACAGCUUCAGGCUUGAAUACAAUACGAUUUUUACUAUAUUUAUGGAGGCAUGAGGGGCCAAGGGGGGCUAGAUGGUGGUGUUAACACUAUAGGGUCAGGAAUACAUGUUUGUGUUCCUGAUCCUAUAGUGAUCCUUUGAGUACCAUUUAAAAAAGAUAAACACUAUUUUAGGGAAUGGACAUCCUAAUACACAUAAAAUAUAAUGAUUGAGCCCUGCAGGCCUUUAUACACGCUACAUAAAAACAAAUCAGUAUGUAGCCAUACAAUACUAUGCGAUUGGACGAGUCAUUAAGAGAUCAUGUGAUAGACUGUGCUCAUGUGACCAGUGGUCAUAUGAUCAAAACACAAUUCAUAAACACAACAAAAAAUUGUUUUUCAAUUAAAUGCACAAAUAUAUAUAAAACAACAGUGGAAGAAAACUCCUCGAAACAAGUUACAUAGUGAAAAGAGCGUUUUACUGUAUAUAUUACAUAUGAUCACAACUUGAAAAUACGUGGAAAAUGAAUGUUGUCUCAGCAACAUGCCCACAUGUAGUCCCUACAGUAGAAGAACAUAUGUAGGUGUAAAUUCAUCUGAAAAUGGAUUAGCAUGACAGUUCAUAGGUUGAUGUAACGCUAUUGAUGAACUAAACAUCAAAAUAAGAUAAUUGACCCACACAAUCAAACUUGAAUGUCAAAAAUAUAGAUAAUUUACUACAGGGUAAAAAUAAUUCGAAGAAAAAAUGGAGAACAAACUCCCUAUUAAGACCCUUCUGCUGUAAAGGAUCAACGUGUAAAUCCAAAAUAUAUCUGGUUUCACCAGUACCUUAAUUUAACCCUGUCACCUAUCCUUCCUAGUGAAACAUUCAAUCAUUUGAAGGUGCGGCUGUGAAAUUGUAGGAUAUGUGAAAUAAAGUGUUCAGGAACAGAUGCAUCACUUGUUUUGGCGUUCACGGUAAACUUGUGUUUUGUCAAGCAAUGUUUUAUUCUCAUCAAUGUUUUGUCCCUGCAGAUUUAUCCACAUGGACGUUACAACACCGCUUGAGUAACAUGUAAAAUACCCAUUGAUUGUUUACAGCUAACCAGUCCUGGGAUAACUUAAUAUAUCACCUCUGCUGACAGAGUUACAUGAUCAGUGAUUCAAGCAUAGAAAUGCACAGCUUACAGGCAUAGAUAGAACGCUUGGAGCUUAUUCGCUGAGGGUCCAAUAUCAGCUCUGACCAAAAAAACAUCCUAUAUGUUUCUCUGGCGUCUGUAUAAACACAAUGGGGGACUUCGGAAUUCUGGAUUAUUUUGGGAGGCUUUCCUUAGAGAAAAUGUGUGAAACUGUAAUGAUACUUACCAGUCCUCGCGGCGAACUGGAACCUCCGAGCAGGCCCUGUGCGCUGAACGAAAUAACCAGAAAUGAGAACACUUUCCGGCUCGGCAUGGUCCAUGCCAGUCGGGCUUCCCGGUCAUGCAUGUUCUCUGGUCACAGGCAUGACGUAGAACAAUCAAAUCACACAUAACAGUAUUUAAACUCCUCUGACCCCACUUACUGUGCCCUAUCGUAGUUUCUGUUCUCAGUACCUUUUAUCGCAUUCCUUGUCACAUUGUGAUAAUUCUGGUAUUGACCUUGGCUAAGUCAUUGAUUCAAAAGUUUCUCGGUAAGCUUUUCCUGGCUAGUUGAUGUGUAUGAUAUACCAUUUUUCUUUUCCGCUGUGUCUCUGUUAUCCUGACCUUGGCUUGUAUUUGACUACGUUUCCUCUCUUUUUUACGCUAAGUCCGUUAACUCAAAGGACCGGUAAUACGUCUAUUGUAUCCUGUAUGUUUUUUUUAAUCUUAGACUCUGCAUGUUAGAGUAAUUCCCAGUAACAGAAACAUUAUUACUAAACUCACUGUAGUUGCUGACAAGAGGUAUCCUACAUGAGCUCUGCCAUAUUGGUUUCAAUCGAUUUCUAAAUAUACGAAACCUCUCCACUAUUUCUGCCCAGACAAAAGAAAUGAACUGUAGAAGCUACAUUUCAGCAACCCUCCAACAGCCAAUUAUAGGAUAGUCCAUGCAACACCAUGGCGGGAGGAAAGGUGAUCAAGACGACAAGCCUAUGGAAAAGAACAAAGUCCUUUUUCCUUUCCCCAAAAAAGGAACCAAAACUUGCUAUCCUAAUAGGAAGAAAAUCUAAUGUCUGGAUUCCUCGUAAAGUGAGAUCAUAAAUCACAAAGCAACUGUACAAGCUGUGCACGGUACAUCCUAAUAGAAUAAAAAGAAUAGGGAAGAAAUAAUAUAUAUCCAGAAAUAGCAAGUAAUCAGAACAACUGGUGCGCAUAACUAAGACAAGAGAAAGCUAAACUAAGCAACAGUAUUAAAGGCAGAUGGAUGGAGGUAUGUCAUCAAUAACGGGUUACCAAACCUGAGCUAGAAGAGAAAAACUAAUCAGCGAUAAUAACCAGAAAAAAAAGUAUUUUAGGAGAAAGCUGAUAAUUACAUCAUGGAUAUGCCUCAUGCUUAUUUUCCGUGAAUGGUCCCAAACCUCGUCUUCCCGUCCCAAACCUCGUCUUCCCGUGGGUGGACUGGUCCAAAAUAGAGUGAUGGCAAGUGGAAAAUGCAGGUGGAAAAAACCCACACAUUAUCAGAGGGUUCUGUGGAAAUAAAUACUGAUCUAAACAGCCGACAAUAAGGAGUGAAACCUGGAGUCCCUGAGACACGUUCCCAAGUAUGCUAAGGUUUAACCAAUGUAUAUUAAAGUAGGAGGAUCGUCAUAUUUUAUCUGAUAGUUCUGUUUAUAUUACGCAGAGUAUAACCUAAUGAAUAUCUGUUGUAAUAAAAGCCUACAUUUCUGACUCAUUGGGGGCAGGAAAGAAUGGAUCCAUUUCUACUCAAAAACAUGUAUUUUUUUUUUUACACACGAAUACCCCCACAAACUAAUAAUUCAAUGCUUAUUUUAGCUAUUUUAGCAUUGACGCCAGUAGGGAGAUUACAGGUAGACUGUUCAGUUCUAUAAUAGUUUUCUGUGAAGUCUUAAGAUGCCUGUGGCCCAGUAAAGUUAAGAUAAAUGAGGCCAUUUAAGUUUUAAUUCUUCUGUAAAAGGACAUCUCUCUCAAUUUCCUGGCAGUCAGACUUGUUUUGUGAGAUCGAAAGCAGUGGUGAGUACUCUCCACAGAUCCCAGUAUCAGCAGAACAUGCCAACCUGGAGUCCCGAUUUAUUUCUGUAUUCUAGAUACAAUAGAUAACUGCUGCUUCAAGGAAUCGGAUUGCUGUCAAUAAGGGUUUGAGGAAAGAAGAAAUAUAUAUCAUUUUAACACUGCAGGCUUCAAUUAUUGAAUUACUUCAAUCACCAUAACCACAUCAGUGAUUUAAAGUGGUAAUGGUGCCUGGGUCUGUAUAUGCAGUAUUUUGCUAGGAAACUUUGCACAUACAGAGUUUUAUCCACUCUGCUGUAACUCCACCUACAGCAGUUUCAUUGGGUCGUCAUUAUCCAGCCCGGAACAAGAAUUCUGGGCUGACUACUAUUAAUUCUGUGCAUAUUUAGGUCAUAUGACCAAGCAACGCAAUCAUGCAAUUUAUUAUGGUUUUGAAACACCUUGCAUCUCAUCAUAUAUUGUAUCAGGCAAGUAAUAUUUGUUUUUAUAAUAAAUGAUGUUUUUUUUUUUUUUGUAAAUAUCUUAUUUGUUUUUCAUUUAGGUGUGUACAUUGAGACUCGCAGGCCUCAGAUUCACAUGUAUUCAUAUGACAUAGGAUUGCAUUAGGUUUAGUUUACGUACAGGUUCGGCGGACACGCAGGUCCCAUGCAUUUUUGCUUUCAUGAGUAAGAACCUUUUCAAUAUGACCUUUGGGGUGGGUCUCAGUCUGCGUUUUCCCUUCUAGAGAUCUCGUUUUCUUCCCUUGGUAGUUUGGUGGGAUAGAGCCCUCCCUUUCUGUCCCUAUACAUUUUAUUUUGGGUUCGCAGACCCUAUGCCCUCUAGGUACACACAGAUCCUUGUGGUAACUCUGUUUUUGUGGGGUCUGUUAGGGUGGCUAUUGCUGUGGUACCUGUGUGUUUUACUUUUGUAUUCGGUCCCUCCCCCAUCUUCUAGCCAGUAUCUGCGUGUAUUGUAUGGUUUCUUUUGUGACCCUAUCGGUCUAUCGCUGAGUAUGUAUCUGGGGUAUAGUAGGGCUAGCUGAUCCCUUUGCUGGAAGUUCUAUGUCGGUUUGGUCUCAUUUCCCUUCACUUCCCUGUGUUUGUCAGACUCUGUUGUAUGUUUCGGGCCUCUACGUUGUAUUUUCCCUUAGUGUGUCUUUUUUAGUUGUGGUUUCAUUUUCUGGUCUCUGUCGUGUCCUUUAGGUUGCAGUUUAUAGGUAUUAACAUUGGGUGUGAUGGGGGUGGGUGUUUUGUGUGGGGGGAGGGGUAUUGGGUGUCCAGGAUCUAUCGUCUCCUAUGUUCUGUAUCAUAUUGGGUUCCGUAAUCUUUUUUAUAGGGUCCUAUCUCUCUCUGUCAGUGUAAUUGUUAUGCCGGAGUCACUGUUGAAAUUCCUCCUUUGCCGUCUCUAAGAUCCAGUAUGUCCAUAUGUCAGUAUAUGUCGUGGGGGUUACCGAAGCUGACAUAUUCAGCUCCUCUAUAGAUCUGAGCUCCUCCAUCUGGUCGGACCAGACUUUAAGGGGGGGGGGGGGUUAUCUUUUGUUUCCAGAAUUGGGGAAGGAGUUGUUUGGCUACGUUUAGUAUUCUGACCAUCAUGGAUUUCUUAUACUUUGAUCUUGGGGUGGAUGUAUGGUGUAGUAGCAUUUCGGCCGGUUCUGGGGGGUGCGUCGUAAAAUUUCUCUAACAUCUCAUGUAUCCUUGCCCAGUAGGAUUUGAUCAUGUCACAUUCCCACCAAAUGUGCAUUGUGGUGCCCACGUCUCUCUGUCACCUCCAGCACACUUCGGUAUGGUCUGUGUCAAUUUUGUGUAGGAGGUUUGGUAUUUUGUACCAAAGUGUAAAUAGCUUAUAGGCUGUCUCUUGGGUUCUGCUGUGUACCGAGCAGUGGGGUGUAAAGUAGCAGAUGGAGUCCCAUUCGGCGUCUGUGAAUGUUCUGUCUAGGACUGUCUCCCAUUUUCCCAUGAAUAGGGGUUUCUCUGUGAGGGUCUCUGUUUGGAGUGUGGAGUACAGUAGGGAGAUUCCGUGUGGGACUGGGUCUGGGUGUUGGCACAGCUUUUCGAAUGUGGUUCGAUCUCUAUUGAGCACUGGUCCCUGGGGCAGGGUGUGGACAUAUUUGGCCAGCUGAGCAUAUUUGAAGUGUUGCAGGAAGAUCGGAGGGGUCUCUCCCACUAAGUCUGUCAGUGGUCUGCAUUUCCCCUCCCGUAUUAUGUGGUGUAGGCAUGGUGAGGGGGUUGGGAGAAUAUCUUUAAAUGCUCUUGGGUCCAACCCCGGUCAGAAGUCUUCAUUAUGGGUCAGUGGUAGGAGAGGGGAAGGGUGUGGUGCCAGGUUCUCUGCUUUUGCAGAUUUCCACCAUACGCCUAGUGUGUGUUUUGUGUAUAUGGACAUUUCCCCCUUGCCUUUGGGGUCCCGGCCCCAGGGUAGCUCUGAGAUCGGCCUACCUGCUUCUGUCUCCUCCACCACCUUUCAUAGCUUGUUUACUCUAUCUUUCGAGCAUUCCACCACCCUCUGGAGGUGUGUGGCCACAUAGUAUAGGUGGAAGUCUUGGAGGGCUAGACCCCCUCUGUCCUUGGGUUGCGUUAUUGUGGUUAGUCUUAUUCUGGGUCUUUGGUUAUUCCAUAUAUAUUUAGUCAUUGCAGUUCUAAGGGUAUUAAAGAAUGUUUUGGGUAUUGUGAUAGGUAUAGCCUGAAGGAGGUAUAGUAGGCGCAGGAGAAAGUUCAUCUUUACUACCUGAACUCUCCCCAACCACGAUAUGUGUGGGAAUGACCAGUCUCUCAUUUCCCUUUGGAACGUCUGUAGUGUGUCGAUAUAUGAUGGUUUUAUCUGUUAUAUAUGUCCAUUAGUGAAAGCCAGUACCAUGACGUCAAAACUAUGUGACUAAAACUUAAUUUAUUUUAUAAGCUUUAGGUGUAGCUUAUUAAAGAAAAACACACCAGGACUGUUUAGAUGCUUUGAUAAAGCCUUAUUUUAGGUGAAAUGCGUUGGUGUAUUUUAAAUAGUUAUUUUUGUUUUGUUUUUGGAUGUGACAAUAAACUACUUCUAAAUUAUAUUCUGGAUCUUCGAUGUCUUGCUGUACCUGGACUGUUAUAUCGAUGGUGUGGAUACAUAUGCCAAUGCCAUAUUGCUCUCUAAUCAGCAAUUAGGUUUUAUCCUUAUUUGUAUCUGCCUAUUGCUACAGUGAGCUAUAUAUAUAUUCCUUUUUUUGUGUUUUACAUGUAUCUAUAUAUUUAUCAAUGGAAUUUGCCUUUAUAACAUCCUGGAGUAGGGUUUCAUACUACAGGACAUACUACCAAAAGAUAGAUCCCAGAUAUUAAUAUAUAUAUAUAUCCAAUGGUGUAGUACAGGGGCCCAAAAGAUAGAUCCCAGAUGGUUUUAAACUACAGUUUUCUUAGAAUGUUUUACGACAUCCAGGGAUCUAUCUUUUGGGCCAAAGCCGCAACCUCCAUCUGCCCUGUAAGUCAUGGAUUAAAUUUGAUUUGGACAAACAGGUCUGCAUACAUUUUUGCACAAAACUACUACGCAAUCAUUGAGUUAAUCAGAUUUUAUUAUUAUUGGGUUUAGCUGAGAAAGGACUAUAACCACCGGAGGAGUACCAGCCAGCUAUGGAGUGAGCAACAUUAAUUAGGAUGUUCAAUUGAUAAUCUUGGUUACAUCAAUGUACAAAUACCUCUCCUUAUUGUAUUUGUCGGAUACAUAGCCAAUUCAAAACAGAGUUGUUUUCUUGCACAUCUUUUUGUGGUCUUAAUACAUAAAGUUAUAUAAUCCAGAGAUUUAAUUUCUGUAAUGCACUCCCAGUUGCUUGAAAUGGCUGGCCUGCUCCAUACCAUUACUGUCAGAAUGUGUUAUCGUUUUAAUAAGUAGUUUUAGUUCUAAUGGGAGCACUAAGAAAGAUGCCAUCAUAAAUCAAGAUCAGUCUGAAAUGUCACAUUGCAGAUUUGAUGAAUAUGGUACCAGUGAUAUCAUUGUCAUUUUCUGAAUCAAAUCAACCAGUAAAUAACAUCGUCGUCAUUCUGUGCUUUCGUUUCCCAUGAUACCCUCAUCGUUCGGAUUUAAGCUUCUCCAGACCUGCCCUCCGCAAGUGCUUGCAAGUACUUUAUAGAUUCACCAUGGUAACCGAAAUCAUUAAGAAGACAAUAAUGCUCUGGAAGAUUAGAGUGUCGAGGAAGAAUGCAUUCUGCUUUCAACUCACAUGUCACAUUUCGACAGUCCAAUCAAAGCCAGAGGGAAAAAAUGAAUCUUUCCUGUAAGGCUACAAAGCUGAAUAUAUUCCUAAGUACCACGGACAGCACCAAAGAAUAUCUUGGUUUAUAUAAGUGAUGGCCUUCCAGGUGCUGUGGACUGACACCCAUGAUGAUCGUCAGUUCUUUGGAACGUUAGACACUGCUGGCUUAUAAUUUGUAAUAGGCUCAACUAAAUAGUUGAUGGCAUGAAUUUGUCGAAACAUUUUGUAAAAUCUUCAGGUGUUUGUAGUUUAUCUGCAUUUUGUUCAGUACAUCACGUGUAACUCUCUACUAACUGGCUAUCGCUUUAGUAGGGUGUGGUAACUGAUGCACUGAGCGUAUUUUGCAUUGGUGACCAUUUUGUUUUCAAUUAAAUGGACACUCCACACCCCUAAAGCACUUUAGCUUGCUCAAAAGCUUUAUGUGUGAAGAGUGUGCCCUCUUUAUUUCAUUUAGUAAAAAGUGCAGAUUUCAAUAGAAACUGACAAUUUUAUACAUUACCCUUAAUACACCCCAUUGGUUUUCAAGCAGACAACAGGUCCUGUUACUUCCUGAUUUGAUUAGAUCAGAGGCAGCAAUUGCGCAGAGCACCAAAGACUUUUCAUUGCGUUGCAUUGGGAAGUCUGUGAUUGAACAGUUACAGAAAGUCUGGGCGGGGUUAGAAGGGGAGGGCUUGCAAAGGCAGAUCUGCAAGUACAAGCUGUUUUUAGAUAUAACUCGACGAAAUUGUUUUUUAUUUUGGUUAUAUCUACUAAACAGUGAGUUUUAUUUAUUUGGUAUUUGGGCAGUGGAGUGUGCCUUUAACUUAGUAGUUUCUGUUAAAAUAUUUAAAUAAUAUUGGCAAAGUUACUUUAAAAAGUUAACAGGUAUUAAAUAAAAUGUGACUUUGGAUUAACGAGCUAUGAUAUGGAAGUAUUAACCAGUGUUUACGGUGCUUAGAGUGCCCUUUAAGUUUGUUUUGCAUUAUAUCUCAAUCUGUAGGUAAUAAUUUGAAGGAUAUCAGCUGAAUCAGCUCAUACCAAGGGUGCCUAAAAUGUAGAUCCCUAGAUGCUUUAAAACUACAACUUCCAUGAUGCUUUGUCAUUCUAAAAGUAUUCCAAAGGUAUGCAAAGCAUCAAGGGUGUUGUAGUUCUACAACAUCUGGAGAGCUACCUUUUUUUGCACCCCUGGCCUAUAGCUAUACCAAGCCUAUAGACUCAGACAUAUUAUUUUACAGCCUCUCUCACAAACUCAGUCAAUGCUUUAUAAUAGUCUAACAAAAUGUGUCUCUGGCUACCCUUAUCAAACAUAGAAAUACAGCCGUAUAUGAGUUGUAUUUCCCAAGAAGCUCACCCAGCCUUUAAGCUACCUAUAAAAAAAAUAAUAAUCUGAGAAUCUCUGCGUAGGCUAUCACAGAUUAAUCCCUGUGUAUUGAAUACAACUAGUGAUUUACUGUUCACAGUGUGGAUGGCGUUUCAAAAUCUGCCGUUUUUAUAUUCUUCCAUAACACAUCUUUAUCUACAUUAUUUAUUAUUAUUUAAAAUGUGUUUUGUUUCCUUACCGAUGACAAAUAAAAACAUAUAUAUUUUUUUAAUCCAUAAAUCUUGAUAUUCUGUCUUGCUGUGAUGCCAAAUGUCAGCUACGAUAGCAUGCGAUCUGUGCUUUCGAAAUUUAUAAAGCACUUUUUAACCAGUUAAAAGCCAGGAGUUUGGCAUUGCAUUACCUGUUUAUUUUAAAACAAAAAACGUAGUCAGAUAUAAUGAGAACUGAGUGGGAUUUAGAAGCCAGAAAACACAUGCACGCAGAAAUUUGUAUACAGUACCGGGAAGAAUAAAAAAUUAAAUCAUGUCUACCUUGAUUCUGGGAUUCGUGUUACUUUUGAAUGAAGAACCGUGAUUAAUGUUUAUGUACCUACAAUCAAAAACACAGAGAAGAUCAUGAUUGCCUAGUGUAAGAGUUGCUUGAAUUGUGGAUAACUAUUAAGGAGGGCCAGUUCAUCAAAGUACCACUCAAAGUACCAUAACCACUGUAGUGCUCUGCCAAUGCCCCCUGCCAAUGUAAGCCGUCAAACAGGGUCCUAGUACAUUCCAAAUAGCACAAGCACGUCAAAUGAUGUGCUCGCGCUGUGCUUGUUGGGGACGGUUCCCUGGUGUAGGAAAUCGUGACUCUCUCUCUAAAAUUGGGACCGUUGGGAAGCCCAAAACAGGUUAUGAGUGAUAUUGAACAACAGCACUGGAAACAAGCCCUUAUUAGGAAAGAUCAGCUUGGCUGAAUUGAUGAUUUAUGUUCCAACGUAACUAUUUUAUUCUAUGUUUUGCAAUUGGAAUGUGAAUCUUGAUGCAACUCACUGUUUAGUAAAUAUUUACCGUAACAACGCUGCUAUCUGUCUGAGGACUCCAGUUCACCCAGAACUGAAAGGAAGGUUCAAUAUUUACCUAGACUGAACCAUACAUUCUUGGAAAGUACAUUCUCUUGCCAUGGUAAUUGAAUGUUUAAAUACUUGUAUCUGUUUGUGAUUUCUGGUUGAUAAGCAGUUGAGUGAAUCAUUGAACAAAUAUUUAAUUUAACAUCCCUAUUGAACCUUUUUCUUCCCCCACAUGGAAGCACUAGCCAAUAUUUGCUCAUUUUCUAAAGCGUUCUUUUAAGAUUUCUUGUAGCCAUUAUUACUUUUCCUUGUUGUUGGUUCUAAUUUAUUUCCCCAUAUUUUUAAGUGUGUUUCCCUUUUAAAAUGUUGUUAACUCAGAAAUGUAAUAGUCACACACGGAGAGUUAAAUUAAUUUAAUAGCGUUCUCUAGGUAACUGAAAAAAAUAUUCACAGGACAAUUUAAAGGGAAGUCCCACCAUCCAAUAUAGAACAUUACAAUCAGCUAUAAACUGCUUUAAUCUUUUUGAAACAUAUGAUGCUCCAUCGUUUUGGUAGUGCCCUCUUCACCUCCUGGAGGAAAAACAGAAACGGUUUAUUUAUUUAAGUGAAUUUUAUAUAGACACGGUUAUCCGCUAUAGUGAGAAUUCAAGGUGAAUUCAAAGUUAAAGGAUCACUAUAGUGUCAGGAAAACAAACUUGUUUUCCUGACACUGUAUCAUCCUUGGGACUCCCCCCCCCCCGGCCCCCCACCCUCAGGGUCCACCUCCCGUGACGCUAAAGGGGUUAAAACCCCUUCAGCCACUUACCUUUAUCCAGCGCCGGGCUCCCUCAACGCUGGUGACCUCUCCUCCCCCGCCGACGUCAGCUCCCGAGUAGAGCGGAAUGCGCAUGCGCAGCAAGAGCUACGCGCACAUUCAAAUAGUCCAUAGGAAAGCAUUUCUCAAUGCUUUCCUAUGGACGUUCUGCACGCUGGAUGCGAAUUUCGCAUCCAGUGUCACAGAAGCGCCUCUAGCUGCUGUCAGGGAGACAGCCACUAGAGGUUGGAUAAACCCUGCAAUGUAAACAUAGCAGUUUCUCUGAAACUGCUAUCUUUACAUCUGAAGGGUUAAAACCUGGGGGACCUGGCACCCAGACCACUUCAUUGAGCUGAAGUGGUCUGGGUGACUAGAGUGUCCCUUUAAUAUCAAAUUUAAGUUAGGCUAUUGCCUAAAUCUUUAAAGUCAGUUUGAAUUCAAUUUGAAUUCUCAUUCUCUAUUUAGUAAAUAACUCUGAUGACGAUUUCAUUAGAACAUACAACAUUUUAUUAAUUGUACAAUAAUAAGGCAAACUAUUCUAAAUUAAUAAAACGUAUAUAUGUGUAUAAUAAUGGUGUCUACUUUAUAGUUGCUCUUGCAAGCAAUUAACCAAAGGCUUUAUAAAUCUGUAACGUAGCAUCCUGCUCCGUGUCCUUGAGUUUCACCCCUCCUAGAUCAAUUGAUUUCUUUAGUAAUGCAAUCCAUUUUAAGCUUCAUAAAGGCCGUUUUGGAACAGACUCAAAGUGUUCAUUGAUUCUUAUGACUUAUUUUUGGAGGUGUAUAAUAUAUUUGCAUUAUAAUACAGCUUGGUAUCAUCACAGAAUUAAGCCGUAGGAGUGCCAAAAGUAGAUGCGUUUAAAUUGUUUUACAAAAUAUGAAAUUUUUCAUGUUAUGAGAUUUUUCGACAGCCACCAGUUUUGUGUCCAAUUCUAGCAAGAUAUAUUGAAGCAAUUAUCACAACUUAUUUUAUGAGCUACUGAGCUCUGGUACAUGUUCAACACUAAAUUCUGAUGUGCUGGUGCCAGUUAGCAAAUGUAUCAGGAAACCUGUAGAUGUUAUAGGUUUUACAACCAUCGCAGGGUCCUAGGGUGAAUGUGCAGGUUUUGAAUAUAGGAACCUUCAUAAGCAUGAAUAAUUCUCAGCUUUACUUACUGGCAUGCAUACCUCCAAAGGUGUGAGAUCAAUACUGCAGGGCGGGAGUGGGCAUGGUGGGGGCGCAAUCGCCAAUGACUCGAUUCAGAUGAGCCUGCCCAUUCCUGAGGCCUGUCUAACUGGCCCUCAACCUACAGGACAUUGUUGAAAUGCUCUCUGCAGGGUGCUAGUGCCUGUUCACACUGCACAGUGUGACUAAUGAUGUGCUUGCGCUGUACUGCCCAAGGACUGUUCCCUGGUGUCUCCUCCAAAAUCAGGACUGUCCUGACAAAACUGAUACUGUCCAACCACACUGUUGUAAAGCCUGUGAAUGUCAGUUGAAAUUCAUUGCUUACUUACGGAUUAUUUAAGUGUAAAUUUAGCCAUAAAGAGUUCAUUUUGCUAUAAUAUGGAGUUUAUUGAAUAACCUUUCAUAUGUAGGGCUAUUCAGUAAACUAGGAAUUGUUAGGAAUUCUCCAGGAAACUGCAAAUUGUACGCCAAAAUAGGCAAGCUAGAAACAUAGCAGUAUCUUUCCUGUACCGUUCUCUUGGCCAACAAUUUGCAACUCUCCGAUAAAUUCAUUGUAUGCGUAAUAACCCCAACAGUGAAUCUCGCUCAUACUGGACUUUGUAAAAUAAAAAACACAAAUCAAAAUUACAUUUCAUUUAUUAGUCCAUUAAAUUGGAUUGACUUUUGACUGUGAAGUAAUGGUGCAUGAAGCAAUGUGCACUGGAGCGAGCCAGAUCAGGAAUAUUUAAAAAGUUGUAUUCAUUUUAUUUACCUUGCUUUGCUCGUUGUGAAGCUACGAAGAUGGACUUUCUAAAUGCCCGAAGCACACCAGAUACAAUAUUUAUUUGAAGAGGAAGCUUCUAGAAGCACUGACUGACCUAGUUUUGUCUGUAAACUGUGAUACAUAUUACAGAUUAAUGAGUUUGUAAGGGAGGAAACGGGAAUAACAGGAAGAAUGUAAAUGAAUCCAGUGUGUUUUUGGUGAAGACUUCAUCAUAGCACAGAUAAUGGAAAAGAAAUGACAGAGAGAUUUAUGAUUAUUACAACUAAAAGAGUAAUAAGAUAUAUUGCAGUUUCCCCAGAACAGAAAACGUAGAAUUCAACACAAAAAUAGGGUCUUGUACAAAAAAUUCACCCAAGUGUUAUGCCAAAAAACACUUAUACAUACAUAAAAUCUUAAUGAGAAAUAAGGUGAUAGCGCACUAAUGGUAAGUGUAUUUCACACUGGCAGAGGUAGGCAGGAUAAAACCUAUUAAUAAAAACAUAAAAGCGACAUAGCGCAGACUGUACAAAGUGGUAUCCGUAUAGCAAAAAUAAAGGACACUCACGUAUUUAAGAGCCCUUCAGGUCGACUCUGAACUCAGUAGGUAUGAUAAAACCACUCAAAGUAUUGUUGUGCAGACGGUCCCAGCGGUAUUUUUCUCAGAUGAAGAUCAGGAAUCAUAAAUUAUAUAAGUAAUAUACUUUGUUACAAUAAAUAAGCAAACACAACAAACUUAGGGGUAAAAGCUUAUAGCACAACGCGUUUCGACCGUAGCUGGUCUUCCUCAGGUUCAUGUCCUACUGGGUUUAAAAUGUUCUGUUUUAUACCAUAGUUGAUUAAAAGUUGAUUUUGUAUUUACACAGACAUGCAUGUUGUUGUUUUAAAAUAGUCAUCGGUUUUGACAGUAUUUUUCUUGAACAUAUCAUUACAACGUUUCAGUCACCAGACCUUCAUCGCAGAAACAAUGUUUUCCCAAUAAACCUGCGGUUCUGGUGAAUUACCAGUUACAGUGAGUAUUGAGGAAAGGAUCCCGCUCCUGCAUUGACUGCAGUUGAGUAAUUAUGUUUUUGGAUUAUGUGAUAUACAUCAUUCAUUUUGCAGUCAUACUUGCUAUAGAUCUACGACCAGUGAAGCUACUUCUUCUUGGCAUUAGACUAGGCUCAUUGCUUUCAUUGUUUAGAUUUGAGUGCGUUUUAUUUUUGUUCCAGAGAUGAAGCAGUAUUUUUAAACAUUACAUGUGACCAGAAUAUUUUUGGACAGUAGAGAUAUGAAGAUUCUGAAAGCUCGGCUGUCUCAUGAAUUAUUCCUUAGUAGUAAUCAGGACAGUAUGACUCUGUGCAAGUUUUUGAUUCGAAGAUUACUGGCACAAGGUCUGGUUACACUGAGCAGAUCCGCAAUGUGCAACAUGGCUAAAUAUGCACUAUAAUAAAAAAAUAAAAUAAUAGAUGACAUGCUCAUCGUCAUUCCAAAACUUCUUCUGCCCCUCAGAAAACACCUUUUAUUAGAGCUAUGGCUAAUAAUAUGAUUUACUGCUGGGUUUUACUAAAGGAGGUGUUUAGAACUUAAAGGAACGGUAAAUAUAAUUUUGUUUUCAUGAAUGCAUUAAUCAUUACGUACUCACCCAAAUCGAAAUAGGAGCGGUAAGUUCUGGGGCAGUGUUUCUAUUAGGAAUGCUUCUUCUAACGCAACAUCUCUACAUAAUGAAGCAAAUUAGGAGUCUGCCUUGUUAGCUGCCUGUCUUGGCUUACCAUUGAUUUUCCUGCCCUUCUCGCGUGUCACAUGUAAUGGAUGGUGAAAUACAACAUUAAAUCAUCAGUUACACAUUUAGUAAAUCUGGUGAGUUUAUGCAAUGCGUCAUGUAUUGAUGAAUCAAAUGACAGAGCCAGGGAGCAGCAGCAAAUGUCCCCUGGGUUGCUCUAAUUUGUAAGAUUUUAUUAAGCCUUUUUUUAAAAAACAAACAAAAAAAAACUAAUGUUUGGUUGUUUGGUUUUAACCCCGUAAGGACCAAACUUCUGGAAUAAAAGGGAAUCAUGACAUGUCACACAUGUCAUGUGUCCUUAAGGGGUUAAACCUCCUCCUGGGUUGCUGUGCAUUUGUACAUUAUUAUAUACUUGUGAUGUUGAGGUAGCUCCUUUUGAAGUGUGUGAGAAGUCAGUUUUUAUUGAGCAAGUCAGAUUAUUAAAAUAGAGUACCCCAAUUUAAUCUCAAUAUUCCCUGUGCCCUAGGCAGACAUUUUCCAGAUUAACCAUGUAUAGUAAAGUGGCAGAAUAAAGUUAAAAAUCAUAGAUUUUCUCUCUGCCAUGAUAGUUACACAUAAAAAAAUGUUAAUAAAGUAUACAUUGAAUGCUAACUAUAUAAUAAAAUAAUCUCUGUUACGGGAUUAUUCCUGUGAGAUAAUCUUCAACCAUUGAGCACUGAACUCGUUAUAUAUAGUUAGCAUAUCACCAAACUGCUCAGACCUGAUUCCAGUUGAAAUGGUGUUGUGAUAUUGUGGGUAGUCUGUCGUUGAUUUUGAUCAAGUCAUUCCUUCCUGAUAUUAUUUAGUGAGUGGAUUAAGAGGCAAACAUUUUACCUUCUGAUUUCUGCUGAUCUUUAGCUCUGAUCCAUCACUUCCUGCGAUUUGUUUUUAUGUUAUUUUCACUUGUCAUCUAAAUUUGAGAAAUAUGUGUUUGUGAGAUCUGAAAAAUUUAAUUAAAUGUAGAAAUCCACACACUUAUAUUUACCGUAAAGGAACACUAUAUUAUUACUGUAUUAUUGCAUUACUGGUCCAAUAGUGUUAAAACCACUAUCUAGCCCCCAUCCCCCUUGCCUCCCUAAAUAUAGUAAAAUCUGCCUUCUUGGCUGAUUUCAUCAGAAGUGAUGAUCUCAGCCGAUCACAAUGCUUUCCCAUAGGAAAGAAUUGGAUUGGAUAAGAUUGUAAGUACUGAUGAUCUCAGCCAAGGAUGCGGACCAGGGGCGAAGCAAACGCCACCCUGACCAAUCAGCAUCUCCUCAUAGAGAUGCAUUGUAUCAACACAUCUCUAUGAGGAAAGUUCAGUGUCUCCAUGCAGCACUGACCCAGGAAGCCCCUCUAGCAGCCAUCAGAGAAGUGGCCACUGGAGGUGCCCCUAGACUGUAAUGUGAAAAGACAGUGUUUACUGCAAAAAGCUUGAAGGGAAUGAUUAUUCUCGCCAGAACAAAUAAAACACGUUGUAGUUGUUCUGGUGUCUAUAGUGUCCCUUUAAUCCUUAAAAAAAAUGUCAUUGCUAUAAUCUCUGCCCUUAUUUAUCAUUUAACAAAGUAUUUGUUCAUGGUAGUCCCAAUAUCGAGAGUAUGUGUCCUCUUCCAAUGGAAUGUGUGCCCUGAUUGCGCCUGAACUGAACUGAAUUGUAAUGUCAUUUUUCAAAAUCUUUUAUACAAAUUUGAAGAAUCUCUCCCAAAACAACUUCACCUUAACUAAGUAGUUAUGGUGGCAAGAGUGUCUCAACCUCGAAUUUGGUCCUAAGGCACUCGACAACACCGAUAUCUAAAUUCCUUCCACACAAUCAGUGCACAUACUAUACACUGUUGGGGCUCUGCUCUGCACUAUCCUCUACAAUCAUUAUUUUAAGAUUUAUUUUGUUUGUAAUCAGAUCUAGGACAUUAUGUCCUAGAUGGAAGAGCUACAGGCAGGACACGCGUAUGACUUCCUGUGUUCUUCCUAAAUCAGUGCUUACCUUAGACUAGCAGAUAGUUUCUUAUAGAGAAUAGGUGCCCUUGAAGGCACAGCUUAGCAAUUCAUAGGACGACUGGUAAAAGCACUAUUUAGGAUAACAGUCAUGCAUUUAGUGAUUUGAUCUCUUUAUCUGGUACCAGAGAUUUCAAGGCUGAGUUCUUUGUUUUGUAGAGUCUAUAACCUAAGCACAGGGAUACUGAUAGGUCCCUUCAAGGGAAACUGAAACAAUUGUAUACCAAACUAUAGUUUCGAUUAAGUGGUUAUAUUUACUCUUCUGAUACUUUGUGUCUCUUAAGAUUGUCAGUUUCAGAUUCACCGGCAUCUCUAAACUAACACUAUAAAUGUCUUAUACUUGGACUCAUCCUGCAAUCCCAGAAACAACUAAUAGGCUAUUAAUUCAUCUCACAUAUAUUUUUCAUCUUAUAUUGGAUAAUUUGAUAUUAGUCUUUUUUUCUUUUAAAAAAUAUAUUUUUUCGUUUUCUUUAAACAUUAGUUUUGUUUGUUUUUUGGUCUAUGCUAUUGAUAGUUUUAGAAUUAAAGGACCACUAUAGGCACUCAGAUCACUUCAGCUCAAUGAAGUGGUCUGGGUGCCAGGUCCAUCUAGGGUUAACCCUGCAGCUGAAAACAUAGCAGUUUCAGAGAACCUGCGAUGUUUCACUGAGGGUUAAUCCAGCCUCUAGUGGCUGUCUCACUGACAGCCGCUAGAGGCACUUUCUGCGAUUCUCACUGUGAAAAUCACAGAUGCUGGACGUCCAUAGGCAAGCAUUGAGUAAUGUUUUCCUAUGGGCAGUUUGAAUGCGCGCAUUCGGAGCUGACGUCGGCAGAGGGAGGAGAGUUCCCCAGCGCCAAGGGAGACCAGCGCUGGAGAAAGGUAAGUGGCUGAAGGGGUUUUAACUCCUUCAGCCCAGCGGGAGGGGGCCCUGAGGGUGGGGGGCCUAAUGACCCUAUAGUGCCAGGAAAACAAGUUUGUUUUCCUGGCACUAUAGUGCUCCUUUAAGUAAUAUCAUUUAGUUUAUCUGUUGAUUUUCAACAGUAAUAUUUUAAAGGAAUUUAUUAAAUGUUAUGUUUUAAUUAAAUUGACACUAGUAGGCGAGUACCUUUCUAUUCAAUUUCUCUUUACCUAGGGUUAUCCCCUUUCUUCUUGCUGCAGCUUUUCUGAUAUUCUCAGUUGCUAUCCCUUUCCCCAUUAAAAUACUAUACACUGUAAAAGGCUUACUGAGAGAUACAUACAUCUACAUGCAUCGGACGGAUUCUGAUUUAUAGCAUUGGUCAGCAAAAAAAGGAAAUCAGAGAGAAGGACACAACAUACUUCAAAGAAACAUCUUUUCCUAAUUGGAUUUGACAAAUUUAAUUUCAUUAGAUUGCCUCCAGUAAUGUGCGACAAAUCCAUCGUAAAUAAAUUCAUUUGAAGCAUUCUGCAAUCUGAAUGUAAACACAUGUAUCAUGUCUCUCCUAAAUAAGCAAAUAAAAUUUAUACAGUCCCUGUAAUAUUUCCAAGUGUGAGUCAUCAAAUCUAGUGAGGAUAUCAACAUUCGUCUUCAAGGAUCACGCUUUAUCUUAGACUUGAUUUAUGCUCAUCAUUUAUUGCCCGGCUUAUUUCUUAUUGUAGGGCCUUUAUUGAGUAUCAGAGAAUCGAGUCUUACAAAUUAUUAUAUUGUAUUAUUAUGCGUUAUCUGGUGAAACAUUCUAAAAUGCAAACUGAAAAAAUAAUCAACAUUUUAAAAGAGCACUAUAGGGUCAGGAACACAAACAUGUAUUCCUGACCCUGUAGGGUUAAAACCACCAUCUAACCCCCCUGGUCCCCUCAUGCCUCCCUAAAUAUAGUAAAAUCUUACUUGUAUUCAAGUCUGCAGCUGCUUACUUUGUCCCUGUUUCCAUUAGACCUGCCUGCUGACAUCCAAUCACAAUGCUUCCCCAUAGGAUUGGCUGAGACUGACAAAGAGGCAGAUCAGGAGCAGAGCCAGCACAAUUCAAACACAGCCCUGGCCAAUCAGCAUCUCCUCAUAUAGAUGAACUGAAUCAAUGAAUCUCUAUGAAGAAAGUUCAGUGUCUGCAUGCAGAGGGGGGAAACACUGAAUGUUUGGAUGCAUUUUAGGCAGCCAUGACCCAGGAAGGAUCUCUAACGGCUAUCUGAGGAGUGGCCAGUGAAGUUAUCACUAGGCUGUAAUGUAAACACUGCAUUUUCUCUGAAAAGACAGUGUUUACAGCAAAAAGCCUGAAGGUAAUGAUUCUACUCACCAGAACAAAUUCAAUAAGCUGUAGUUCUGAUGACUAUAGUGUCCCUUUAACUAUGAAAAUUAGUUUGUUUGUUUUUUUGUCGCUUGCGAUCCUUUAUCAAUUUAUUUUCAUAGAUUUCUUAAAAAAACAAAUGUGAAAACACUUAGCUGUACUCAAGAGCCAAGACAGACCCUCCACUGCAGCCCGAUCUGCCCUCGCUGCCGUCAUCAAUUGAACACGAUCUUAUUAAUCAGUUUAUUGUUUCUCUUAGAGAUACAUUGCAGACAAUUGCUUCACCAACAGCAAAACAGUCUAGGUAAGUGUAUAUUCUACUGCUAACGGUCAGGACUCCAUUGAAGGUCACCCGCAGAUCCCUCUACAACACUAUUGGUGCACAAGUAGCUGUCAGGCUGCUAUAGGACUGCAAUUCCCAUGAUCCCUUUAUUCACCCAACUGGAGAAAGCAUUGUGGGAGAUAUACACAGCACUUAGCACUACCUGUUGCCAAUAUUUGCUCUUCAGUCAUCCUGAAGAGAAUCUAAAUGUAUUUGUAAUUUAGAGAAUCACUGCAGUUGUAAUUUCUUUAAACUUACAUUUUAUCCUUAAUUCAAAGUAAUCUUACUUCUAAUAUAACUAGCCACUUACCGUGGAGAGAUAGAAUUAACACCAUAAUCAGGACAAUAUCUAACAGUGUGUACAUUGUGUAUAUUAAAUGGCCUAUAUGUUGUCGUAGCAGCAUUAAAAAGUAAAAGCCAUGUUUGUGAAGUCAAAACAAGUAUAAUUCUGGCACAAAUUGCUAAACAAUGAUAAAUCACCAUGGAAACCAGUAGAAUUUUCCUCCAUAUUUAGAUUUAGCACAUUAUCCCGGAAUUCCUCCAGUUUUGCUUUGAUAAAUAUUGUCCUACAUAAACAGCUCAAAGGGGUAAAGCGAUCAUUAAAAUGGUUUCAUAUUUAGCUAUCAAUGCAGGCCAGUAUGCUCUACUCGUAGACAUUGCUUGGGGGGCUGAAGCCCCAGAUAUGGGACUGGUUAGCCCCAGGUCUCUACAAUUGGAGAGGGCAGACACCUAUUAUAAAAAUAAUGAUUAGUAGUGUAGCACUCUGCUAGGCUAUGGAGGGGUACUGCCAGUAGGGGGUGCUGGAGAACAGAACGUUGCUACUCGCCCCUUUGUAAGCUAGGCUGUGUGGUGGGAUAGCAUAUCUGCAGCACAUUUUUCAUGGGUUUAGAGGAGGGGACAUGACAUAGAAAGGGUGGAUAUGUCAUGACAUUUUUCUACCUGUUAUCAGUAUAUGGGGCAUCAAGGCAGUUGAUCAUUCUCGGGCAGCCGUUGGACUUCCAUUACAAGUUGUACCCGGUGCAAUCUCAGUGAUCACGGCAUACACAUGCUGUUAAUGGACUGUCUCACUCCUGAGGCCAAAAAGAGCCAAACGUCUAAUACAGCUGUGCUUUCAUUUUGGCUACUCUGGCCUUAAAUUUGAAAUUCCCAUUAAAUUCCAUAGAAGUUCUCAUUUUAAUUAUAAAAAAUGAAUUGAAAUCCUAGACAUAUGAGGAUUGUUACAAUCAGGACUAAUAAGUAAAACUAUUUUUAGUUAUUUUUCUUUAGUUGCAAGUUUUUAUGAACAAAACUUUGAAAAAAAAGUGUUUUGUUUCUUCUUUUUUUCCCCAUUUUUAGUAUUUUGUUCAUAACUAAUUUUGUGUUAAUUACACAGAUAUCAGAAGAAAGCCUUCGGUAUUCGCUAAACAAAAAUGGUAUACGUUGUGUAUAUGGAACAGGCACUAAGCAAAAUGGCCUCAAAAUGACAGCAUUUGGGAAAAGGCUCAGUCAUGAAGGGGUUGAAUGUCACUUGUGGGAUGCUCAUGCCAUUCUAUAAGUUCUACUCUGACACGUUUUUAUUUUUGUUGCAUAUAUAUGGAAUGAAAAUGUGGAAUGUGUUAACCAUAAGAAAGGAAGAAUAUGACCGUGAUAAAUAAUGUAUAUGGGCAUGUGGCUCUAACAUCAAUUUUAUUUCAGCAUGGCUUACCCCAGUGCUUCUCUCCUUUUACAUAAAUGAUGUUUUAAAACACAGUGACUCAGCAGGGGCACUUUGACCCAGAUUUACUAGAUGGUAAUGAGUUUUAGGCUCAAAAGGUACAGAGCUGUUCAAUUGACUGUUUGUUUUCCAGAGAGGAGAUCAGCCUAUUUUACAUCAAGGUCCUUCUUCAUUCUCCUCCUCCAGCACAUGCCAACACAAAGCGGCACACACAUUUCCACCAGUGUCACCUAACAUGCAGACACACCCUGCCACAACACAAGCCGGCACAUGCAUUGCCACCAGUGUCACCUAACAUGCAGACACACCCUGCCACAACACAAACAGGUACACGCAUUGCCACCAGUGUCACCUAACAUGCAGACACACCCUGCCACAACACAAACAGGUACACACAUUGCCACCAGUGUCACCUAACAUGCAGACACACCCUGCCACAACACAAACCGGCACACGCAUUGCCACCAGUGUCAUCUAACAUGCAGAUACACCCUGCCACAACACAAACCGGCACACACAUUGCCACUAGUGUCACCUAACAUGCAGACACACCCUGCCACAACACAAACAGGUACACACAUUGCCACCAGUGUCACCUAACAUGCAGACACACCCUGCCACAACACAAACUGGCACACGCAUUGCCACCAGUGUCACCUAACAUGCAGAUACACCCUGCCACAACACAAACAGGUACACUCAUUGCCACCAGUGUCACCUAACAUGCAGAUACACCCUGCCACAACACAAACAGGUACACGCAUUGCCACCAUUGUCACCAAACAUGCAGACACACCCUGCCACAACACAAACAGGUACACGCAUUGCCACCAUUGUCACCUAACAUGCAGACAUAUCCUGCCACAACACAAACAGGUACACGCAUUGCCACCAUUGUCAUCAAACAUGCAGACACAUCCUGCCACAACACAAACAGGUACAUGCAUUGCCACCAGUGUCACCUAACAACACAAACAGGUACACGCAUUGCUACCAGUGUCCCCUAACAUGCAGACAAACCCUGCCGCAACACAAACCGGCACACUCAUUGCCACCAGUGUCACCUAACAUGCAGACACACCCUGCCACAACACAAACCGGCACACGCAUUGCCACCACUGUCACCUAACAUGCAGACACACCCUGACACAACACAAACCAGCACACGCAUUGCCACCAAUGUCUCCUAACAUGCAGACACACCCUGCCACAACACAAACAGGUACAUGCAUUGCCACCAGUGUCACCUAACAAUUUGUGUCCGCACCUACAUGCACUCAGUUUGUGUCCACACAUACACGCACUCAGUUUGUGUCCGCACUUACACGCACUCAGUUUGUGUCCACACAUACACUCACUCGGUUUGUGUCCGCACAUACACGCACUCAGUUUGUGUCCACACAUACACGGACUCGGUUUUUUGUCCGCACAUACACGCACUCAGUUUGUAUCAGCACAUACACGCACUCAGUUUGUGUCCGCACAUACACGCACUCAGUUUGUGUCCACACAUUCACGCACUCAGUUUGUGUCUGCACAUACACACACUCAGUUUGUAUUAGCACAUACACGCACUCAGUUUGUGUCCGCACAUACACACGCUCAGUUCUGGGUAGCAGUGGCCCAGAAUGUGACAUAUUGUUAUCAUGUUGUACAAACCCAAAUUUAUCAGCACUACAUAAGUCCCACUGUGUGAACAGAAAUGCCCUGAUAUCGUCCCCAUGUUUGAUUUUUGGGGACCUUUAAAUACACUCUCUAGGACUAUACUUCGUAAGGGUGGCAAUAUAACUUGUAAAGGCACUGUUCCCCCACUUGGCACCUUUAAAAAGCAUAUCAUUGCACUCAUCACAUGGGGUGUAGGAAUAGUCCACGGAAUAGGGAGAGCACUGCAAGUAACCCUUUAACUAUGAGAUCUGCAGGACUACACAAAUUCCAUCUAUUUAAACAUUGGUUGAGGAGGAAAACAAUGCCUCAUCUGACAUUAUUAUGAGAUUACCCUGCCUUAGCUAAUUACAUUUAACCUGAUUUUGUUGCACCUUGGGCAAUGGAGUCUUUAUAGUGUUUGCUACAUUUUAUGUACUGUAGUUAUAUUUUACAUUAUAUUUACCUCCAUAUUGGUUUUCGGUUGUUUUUUUUAAGCAGUGCCCGGUUAGAGAUAUAAAAUGAUCCAUGAUGUGGAGAACAAAGUGACAUAAAUGGGAUUUUAACAGUUCUCAAAUAGAGCUAAACUGAGAGUAUGAAAUUUAGCAAUUAAUUAUAGGUAAAGUUACAGACAGGGGUUAUAUAAUUAAACUUCCUGUUACAAAGGAGUACAGAAACCUGAGUGUGUUUCAAUCUAAUAUGUUUCAUACAAAGUUGACCUGUGAGCUUACAGUCACUUGCACACAAAAUGUGAUCAUUAUUAUUUAUUUAUAUUUGUGAAAUGCUCAGUUUAAUUUGUAAAUGAUUGCUUAGAUGCAUUAAUUGCCUACUGGUUUCUGGUUUCAGCAAGCCAUUAACAUAAUACUUAACAAUUAAAAUCACUUUUUCAGCAGCUGGAUGUUUCCAUUACACAAGAUUCAUUAUAUGUAUAAAAACGUAAUUAUUGCAGAGCUGCUUUAAAGGGACACUUUAGGCACUAUAACCAUUUCAUCUCAUUGAUUUGUUCAUGGAGCCUGGUGACUCUGGCAUUGUCCCUCCAUUUAGUUUUAAACUAUUUUCGAGCAGUUUAACAUUGAAUGCAGGUCCUUGGCUUCCCAUAGCUUCACCCCCACUAGAGGUAUGGUUACUGCAGAUAUUGCACACUUACGUCAAGCCAUACCGAUCAAGCCAACAAGUGGAUGCUGACACUCUCAGCCAAUCACAGCCGCCCAUUGCAUCACAGACAUUAGCCCAAACAGCACAGUGGUGAUGAUGGGCUGCUGGGUACUUGCGUUUAUUAUUGAACCAUUAAAAACUGCUUUAACACUGAAUGGAAAUAUGGUGCCAGUGGACUCCAGACACUAUACCCACUUCAAUUAGAUGAAGCAGUUACAGUACCUAAUAGACUUGUGCACGGUGAUGGUUGGUUGGUCAUGGUUCAUGUUGGCUCUUGUCUGGAGUCAAGUUUGUAUUUCUAACACUAUAGUGUUCCUUUAAAUAAAUAAACUAUGAAAAUAUUACCGUUAUAGGUUUGAAUUUUGAGUUCCAAAACUGCCGUAACAGUAAUUUUUGUAUUUAAAGUGAGCUGUCAUGUCUUAUAAUUUUUUAUAUUAUAAUAUUAUGUUCACUUAUUCCUAUACCGACAUUUAACAAAUAUGUAUUUAUGUGAUUUUAAAAAUAAAAUUAAACAAAGGAAUCCACAGUUCUUUAUCCUGCAACUGUGUGCCUCCAUCUUAGCUCCCUAUCAAUCAUCGUUAGAAGUUCCUGGCAGUCAGCAUAGAGAGAGCAUUCAGAUAAAAGGAGAAAUGAUACAAUGUUUCUACUUAACCUCCUUAUUUGCAAAGUGUGCCCUGGCUAUGCCUUUAUUGAACUGGAUUGUGGUGCCCUUUUCUAAAUCUAAAAUAAAUUUAAAAGUAAAAAGAGCAUCUUAUGAAAAAAGGUUAACACAAUUGAUAUGUGAUUUAAAGUGUUUUAUUCAGUGGCAGAAUUUCAAGGGAAGCCACAGUUCCUUUAAUAUAUUUUUCUUAUUCCGUACAUUGAACUAGUUUCUUUAGUAUGUGUGUCCUCAUUUUUUUGUGAGGGAUCAGGAGUAAUAUAGAAAUUUAGAAUGUGUAUUCUGAUUGUCUACCCACUGUGAAAUCCGAUUUGCUUAUUUCUUCAUAAAAAAGCUCAGCAACACAAAUCUUCAAAAUAAAAUAACUCGCUGAUUAAAAACUGUUUCUUUAUUUGUUUAGAUUAUACCAAAACUUUCGACAUAUCGGAACAUAAAUCAAAAAAAUUAACUGAUGAGGCUGACGAUGGAGCCCUUUAUACCUCUCUGACUUCCAUCGGGCAUUUUGAGUCUCAAGCCAAUUCGGCCUACUAUACUGGCAUCCUAAAGAAAGGAAAUGGAGGUACGUCUUUAGAUGACUCUAAGGAAUUCAACAUUGGAAGUCAUUCCCCUCAAGAAAUCCCAAUAUUCGAGUCUCGUGGCCUGUUUAGUUCAGAUUCAGGAAUUGAGAUGACACCUGCGGAAACUAGCAAUAAAAUGUUGGCAGAUCCUGUGGAAGAGGAUAAAAUAGAUGUGUAUAAAUAUAUGGACAUAAGCAGAUCACCAGACGUAAAACCUCAGCAACCACUUGACCGAGAGGUAGAGGAAAAGAAAACAAGUAGUCUGAGCUAUGGGUUUCCUGAACAGCGGGAGCAUGAAGUUCUCAUAAAGUCUUCUCAGAAAUACUAUCACAAUGAUGAAAUAUCUCAAGAUCUGUCUUUUGUUUCAUAUAUGGAAGAUCAUGACUUGGGAGCAUAUAGUUCCACAGAAUUCAAAGACACUAAAGCAUCCCCAAUCAAAAUUACACUUACUGGGACAGAACCUCUGGUAGAAGCUGAUUUCUUCGGAAGUCUCCAAGAAAAAUCUGAAAAGGGCUUAAAACCAAGUCCAGACAUGGUACCAACUGUCACAGUUUCAGAACCGGAGGAUGACAGUCCCGAGUCUCUGACACCUCCAGAAGCAGGUAAACAAUUUGCCUUAUUAUGCUGUCUAUCCUUCUUAGCACUAGAAACCAGCAUACAACCAGAGAAGUAUUUAACCCCAAGGGGUAUCUUCUUAGCUGGCAGAUUUUAAGAAGGCUCACUCAGAGCAAGUUUUAGAUCUAGUCUCCAUUUCCAGCAUACAAAAGACAGAACUUAUUGUAUUGUGGUUUGUAUAUAAUAUUUACACAGUUGGGGGCAGACAAUUACAGAAGAGUGUAGGCUCGAUGGAGGACUUAAAAAAGGGUCAGGGAAACUAGGUAGACCUGGUCUGAAAGUCCACUUCUAGAACAGUAGAGACAUGCUCUAGUCUAGUGAAACAAGAGGGGAGGGGGAAGUUAUGUACACAUAAACACUGGCUAUAUUGUAACUUAAUUAUAGACCAACAGGGCAGUAUAUACCAACAAUUUGUGAUAGGAAACCACAGGACAUGGACUCAGGUCUGCAAAGUUCAGUUCAAGUUAAUGCUAAAAACUGCCCCGGGUCUCUGGGCCGGAUGUCACCCAAUCCUCUACACUUGCGUCUUUCCAUGGUAGGUAAAUGUCAGUGAAGAAGUGGAGUGGCUGUAUUGGGGACCCUGUUAUAAAAGUAUCCACCAGAAGGAGCGUGUAUCAUAAUAAAUAUUAAAUGGUACCUUUACCUUUUUGUGUUACCGAAAGUAUAAGCCUAGGGUUAUAGCAAUCAUACAAUAUCUUGCACUGCUAACAAAGAAUGCAUUACUCAAAUUGAAUAUUCUUUAAUAUUAGGACACUUGGCAGUGAGGAGUUGGUAGAUGAUACUUAGACCUACAGUUUUUGACCCAUAAAAAACAAUCCAGGAUCGGGUGGACCCCCUGAUUUUUUUCAUAAUUCAGCCCUAAAAAUUCCCAAGUCUAAAAUGUAUUUGCAAACUCAAACAAAAAAUAGCAGUUUGUUUUUGGUUAAAGGAUUGUUUACUGUCAGUGUGUAUGAAUGUAGGAAUGUGUGUGGAAAUCCAUUUGAGUGGAGUGUCUGUGUAUGUGAAUGAAAGAUUGGUUAUAGGUGGAGGGUCUGCACAAAGGACCAAUCUGUAUUUUACCCCAGCAGGAGUGAGAUGUUUAUGGUACAAAAGUACUCCCAACAACCACAGCACCUGCACUGUUCCAAUAAAAAAAACAGGAGAACUCCUUAUAAGAAGGGUCUCCACUUUCCCCUAUCUCCUAAUUGUUGAUAUAGACCUCUAUCAAUUGGCAUUUUGGAGGCCAGUGGUGACAGUGCAGUAGUAUAUUGACAUUUCUGAGACUCAGAAGCAAUAAUGAUCACAUCCCAGGUCCUUUUGAGGCCAUUUGUGGUUUACUAAAUACACCCUGUGAUGGCCCCCUACAGUUUAGGCCAAUAUUUUGGAUGAUAGUCUUGGUUUAGUAAGACAAUAAGUGUAAUAAUUACGAGUUACACAGUGGAUUCUUAAUGCUAGUCUUUUAACACUUUCUAUUGUCCGUUAACAUGUAGAUUUUCUGUUGUUUACUUCCAGAUGGAUAUUCAGAGCAGUCUGCAGAAAUGCAGAGUAAAUACAGAAUAUCUGAAGAUGAAUUUAACUCUGCCAUGAAAGCAAAGGGAGGGACAAAAGGCUUUUCUUAUGAAACAAAUGCAGAGCUGAAAUCUGAAAGUGUUUAUACAGAUAAGCAGGAUUAUCAAAGCAUGUCUGUGAAACCAGCUGCGUCCUCUCCAGUAGAUAAUGAAGCCUCUAGCACUGAAUCUGGAGACUCGGAAAUUGAGCUGGUAUCUGAAGAUCAACUGGCAGCCGAGGAUGCCAUGCACUCUGCCUACAUGACCUUCAGCCACAUUUCUGGUCCUCCACCUUCACCGGCCUCACCGUCCAUUCAAUACAGCAUACUAAGAGAGGAACGCGAAGCUGAGCUGGACAGCGAACUUAUCAUAGAGUCAUGUGAUGGUUCCUCAGCCUCAGAAGAAAGUCCAAAGAGAGACCAAGAUUCCCCCAUGAUGAAACCUAUGAUGAUGGACAUUAUAGAAGAAGAAAAUGGCUCAAGAACUGAAAGUUUUGAUGCCAUGGACUUUGAAUUGUCCAGCUCCACAGAGAGGAAGCUAAACAUGGAAAACUUAGCAGAAUCUGCAGCUUAUUUAAAAAGUGCAUACACUACAGAAUCAAAAGCAGAUUUACCGCUGAUGAAGAAAGAUGACAGAUCGCAACAGAAAAAAGCAUCAGAACCCCCAACUUACCAAAGCAAAGUAUCUGGAAAGACGGUUGCUGUUCUGCCAGCUGCCCCGGUGCCAUUUCUCAGUAAGAAAAAAGGUAAGUACAAUUUUAUUUUCUAGACUGUAGCAUUCAACUUGUGUCUGGGGGAGCUGUGGAGACAGCAAUUAAAGGGCCACUAUGGGUACCAUAACCACUUCAUCUAAUUGAAUUGGUUAUGGUUUCUGGAAAUCCCUUGCUUUGUCUUACACUUCAAUGUUAAACUUAGACAUGAUGCCAGGGUAUUCCUUUAUCAGGAGGUGGCUAUGAUGCUUAAAGUGUCCCUUUAACACAUUGUUCUAGUAAAGGUACAAUUUCAAUCAUGCAAGUCGCUGGCUUAAGCCCUUAGCAUGACAUGAGUUUUAAAUGAGUUUUUUAUCGUAGGUGUAAUUAUGUUCUUCAAAUGACUAACUUUAAAAUACAAUGAUUUUAUAACUAAAGUCAGCAACAGCUUUGAGUGAAUUAAUAUUUACAGUUUUUCUGUAACUGUACUCUGUUUAAGACUUUAAAAUUCUAUUUUCUAUUAUAUGUAGUUAUUUUUGAGAGUAGAUUUUAUUCAAGAAGGAAGUAACCAUGCAUUUUUGUUGUGUCUAUAAAGCAAAGCAGCUUGAAAUUCAUUCUGUCUCGAUGCCCAUGUUAUUACAUGGCUGAAUCACUGAUUUUUUUAAUUGUGCAGUGAUGUUAUUUUUUGCAUUGUCACUGGGCCAGAUUCCCUAUAAAAGAACACAGAGCCACGAGGGGCAUAUAUAAAAUAUUACAGCAUUAUCCGCAAUACACACUAUACAUCACCAACAUGACAGCAAGAGACGAGGGACAUGCCUUAUGCAUUUGCAAACCCUGAAACUGAUAAAAUCCCUUCCGGUUCUGCUGUGUUUGAAAAAAGCCAAAAAAAAAGAGCUCAACUGAAGGAUUUUUCCAAUGCAGCUGUACAUUUUAUUGUUUGAUUUUUCAAAUCACCAGAUUCUACUGAUUAGUGAAUAAAUACUUUUAUUCAUGUGUUUUACUCUGCUAAAUCGCGUGACCGUACUUCCUUUCGAUUGUCCAUGUUUUGUCUUAUGAUGGAGAGCUAUGAGCAGCAUUGCGUGGCUAAAAAUGUCCGCCUUGUUUUACUUUGCUAUCUUUCAUUUUACCUACUGUAAUAAAUCUUCGAUCUCAAGAGAAAAACAAUGGAAAUGUCAUUUCCCCCUGAGAGAUUCAGCUCUGGAGCAGGUCCCUGCCUUUUGCAGAAUCAUCUAGCUCCUCAGUAUAAUAUGCUGUAACCUAAUAUACAGGCAGAUAGGGUGAAAUAUGACAAGAGGGGUGUACGCCUGUGUGCGUGCUUGUCUUCUGUCUGUCUUAGUGCUCAUGACUGAUUGCCAGUUCCUCUCAAAAGCCCCAAUUCUAGGCAUAUCCGCCCAUAACAAAUAAUGGUUCUCCUCUUUGGGCCGGCCCCUUAUCACAAGUUAACACCUCCCAGUGAUGGGUAGUAUGUUAAAAAGAUCUUCGGAUUUUCUGAUUGUCUGAGUGAAGGACAGGUGUUCACCAGGGGUUGCUAAAAUCCAUCUGCAGAAUGUAACAUAGACCAGUAGAAUUCUGGCCAGACAGUCAAAGGGACACUUUAGGCACUACAACCACUUAAACUAAUUAAAGUGGUUAUGGUGCAUAAUGUUCCCUGCCACCUGCUUAGUGUCAAAUUGUUUUCUGUUGUGGUACUGGAUGUGGGUCCCCAGUGCCUAGAGCCAGCUGCUCUCUGCAUCUAGCGCUAAUGUUUUCUUAUACGGGGGAAACAAUGGUCAGCAGUGAAAGGCUGGGAGUAUUAUCUUAGUGCUUUCAGCCUAUCGCUGCUUCCCAUCACAGGUAAGAGUUGUUUUGGCUAAUGUGUUAUAGCCUCCGCGUUAGCCGUGCCUUGAAAUAGGAGCCGACUCACAGCGACUUUACUUGCCACCACUGAAUCUCCCCUGCACUUCCUUCUGUCAAUGUAUGAAGGGCAAGGAUUUAUCGUGCACACGGGUUGAGGAAUGAGGAUUCUAUUAAACUAUUAUUAAUUAUUAAUUUCCAGUUUGACUUAUGAAAUAUUGAAGUUCUAAAAUGAAUUUCCCCACUUCCGGGGGCAUUAAAUUUAAAUCAUUGUAUCUGCCACAAAAUGUUUCAAACUGGAAACAUUCAUCUGCAGUUCACCUAAAAUGUGGCUUUUAUUAGAACGCUGAAUUGCAAUAAUUAAGAAAUUGCUGUUUGAAAUCGCUGUUGGAACGUACUUGCUUUGAAUAUAAUUAAUUUAUAACCGACGCAUAAAUGUUAUAGGAUAUUCUGCCGACGCUGGCCCACGGCUUAUUAAAACAGGACGUGCCCAUUCUUUAUUUUCCUUGACCUAGCAAAUCCUAGUUUUGCUGCAGUCGAUAUAAAUUUUGUGUUUGUAUUGUGUUUUUGCUUAAUGCACAGUUUGAUCACAUGAUAGAGACAGUGUUAUGAAUGGAUUUUGCCUGUUUUUAUAGGGCAAUUUAUUGUUAUCUGAAAAAGAAAGUAUUUUUUUUUUCUAAUCCAAAAUACGUAAAUAAGCAGCGAAUGGGAGAACAAAAUGAAAAUCAAAACAAAUAUUGACAUAUAAACGUGUUUAUUUAAUUUAAAAAAAGGAAAUUGUCCCAGCGCCGAUCGGUGCAGUCAUAUGAUAACGACGCCAGACGCAUCAUUAGGCGACCUCUUACUGUGCAGUGAAUGCCGCUUCAGUCUGCCUCCCAUGCUGCCCCAUCUCCUUCUGGCGCUUGGUUGAACACUGGCCGCCUCAUGCUAGCUCCGCCUGCUCUAGUCUCAUUAGUAACGUAAACAUGCUUAUGUCAUAGCGUUGACAGCAGCCAAGCACAUUUUGACAUCACAUGGGCAGAACUCAACAAUCACUGACCUCGAAGGGCUACUAAAACUAAUUUUAGCUGGUUUUUUUACGGGCUUUGUCGUGGGUUCCAUUUACUGGAUAUCCUUGCCCGCGUUUUUCUUGUUUUUCUUGGGCUUGUUUUAUCGUAUUUGUCUCAUUCUGUAUCCCCGACCUUGGUUUGUUUCAGACUAUUCUAUUUGGCGUUAGGUCUGGCCUCGCUAAGGCACAAUAAUACGCAUUUUUCACUUACAUCUUUUGACCCUCUAUUUGCUAACUGAGGCACUGCGUGUUGGGUCAUACUUUAUUCUGACAGAAAUAUCCAAUAUGUAAUUACAAUAUAGAGUGUUAAAACCAGUGAGUUUAAUCAUCACAAACAUUAUACAGUAUCACAUUGUAGAGUGUUCUGUUGAAUCUGAUGAUAUUUUCAGCCAAUUAAUUUUCAUCGGCUCCAUUCAUUCCUCAGGAAAACUUGUAUAACUGUUUUAGUGUUUUCUGUCGAUAAGAUUCUGUAAUCAGGCCCGUCAUAAUUGCCAGGACCAGGCCCAAUGGGCUCUUAACGUGGCCCUGACACAGAUACACAUUCCCAGACAAAUAUACAAAGAAAUGCAUCCAUGGACACACACACAGAUACACAUUCCCAGACAUAUAUUCAAAGAUAUGCAUUCAUAGACAUACACAUUCCCAGACAUAUAUAAAAUGAUAUACAUUCAGACACACACACAGAGAUAUACAUUCUCAGACAUAUAUACAGAGAUAUGCAUUCAUAGACAUACACAGAUACACAGACAGAUACACAUUCCCAGACAUAUAUACAGAGAUAUGCAUUCAUAGACAUACACAGAUACACAGACAGAUACACAUUCCCAGACAUAUAUACAGAGAUAUACAAUCAGAUACACAUUCCCAGACAUAUAUACAGAGAUAUGCAUUCAUAGACAUACACAUUUGCAGACAUAUAUACAGAGAUAUGCAUUCAGAGACACACACAGAUACACAGACAGAUACACAUUCCCAGACAUAUAUACAGAGAUAUGCAUUCAGACACACACUGAUACACAGACAGCUACAUACUCCCAGACAUAUAUACAGAGAUAUGCAUUCAGAUACACACUGAUACACAGACAGAUACACAUUCCCAGACAUAUAUACAGAGAUAUUCAUUCAGACACACACAGAUACACAGACAGAUACACAUUCCCAGACAUAUAUACAGAGAUAUACAAUCAGAGACACAUGCAGAUACAGAGACAGAUACACAUUCCCAGACAUAUAUACAGAGAUAUGCAUUCAGACACACACUGAUACACAGACAGCUACAUACUCCCAGACAUAUAUACAGAGAUAUGCAUUCAGAUACACACUGAUACACAGACAGAUACACAUUCCCAGACAUAUAUACAGAGAUAUUCAUUCAGACACACACUGAUACACAGACAGCUACACAUUCCCAGACAUAUAUACAAAGAUAUGCAUCCAUAGACACACACAGAUACACAUUCCCAGACAUAUAUACAGAGAUAUGCAUUCAUACACAGAUACACAGACAGAUACACAUUCCCAGACAUAUAUACAGAGAUAUGCAUUCAGAGACACACAGAUACACAGACAGAUACACGUUCCCAGACAUAUAUACAGAGAUAUGCAUUCAGAAACACACUGAUACACAGACAUAUACACAUUCCCAGACAUAUAUACAGAGAUAUGCAAUCAGACACACAUUGAUACACAGACAGAUACACAUUCCCAGACAUAUAUACAAAGAUAUGCAUCCAUAGACACACACAGAUACACAUUCCCAGACAUAUAUACAAAGAUAUGCAUUCAUAGACAUACACAUUCCCAGACAUAUAUAAAACAAUAUGCAUUCAGACACACACACACAGAUAUUCAUUCUCAGACAUAUAUACAGAGAUAUGCAUUCAUAGACAUACACAGAUACACAGACAGAUACACAUUCCCAGACAUAUAUACAGAUAUAUGCAUUCAGAGACACACACAGAUACACAGACAAAUACACAUUCCCAGACAUAUAUACAGAGAUAUGGAUUCAGACACACACAGAUACACAGACAGAUACACAUUUCCAGACAUAUAUACAGAUAUAUGCAUUCAGACACACACUGAUACACAGACAGAUAUACAUUCCCAGACAUAUAUACAGAGAUAUGGAUUCAGACACACACUGAUACACAGACAGAUACACAUUCCCAGACAUAUAUACAGAGAUAUGGAUUCAGAGACACACACACAGAUAUACAUUCCCAGAUAUACAUACAAAGAUAUGCAUUCAUAGACACAGACAGAUACACAUUCCCAGAGACACACAGACACACACUACUAGACACAUACACAGUAUUACACACAUAAUGAAAUCUAUCCUUAUUGGUUUUAGCUCCUAGAUGCAGGAGGGUGUGUUCCCUGGUGACAUCCCUUGCUCUCCUUUGUGGUAUCCUUCGAGAAUCAGAGGAUUUGCAGCCAAGCAAAGUAGAUGGAAUGGCAGCCAUCACUGAAUCCUGAAACGGGUGCUGUGUAGGGGUGCCCCUAAUCUGACUGUGUGGCAUUAUAGCUACGGCAUAUUAAAGUACUGCCUGUACCCCAUGAUGGCAAAUAUUGUUCAUGCUUUUAUUGUAAGCAUUUAAUGGCUAAUGGUGACCAUUUCAAUGCAAUGCUAACCUGCUGCUAGUGUCCCUAGCUUUUUAAGUAACUAUUAAAUACAUAAUGUAUUCUGAGCCAUCUCAUACUAAAAGGUUUAAUGCAGAUCUUGUGACUUCUCCCAGACUGAGUUAGCAAAAAUGUCCUAUAUGUGUAAUUGAAAUCCGCACUGAGCAUCUUCAACUAAAAACUGCUCCUGACGGCUAAAUAUAGCAUCAGAUCAUUAAACGGUGCCGGACUUAUUGACAAGUCGCCUUGGAUAAUGCAAGUCAUAUCUACAGAGAACGUGAAAUAAGGCCCCUCUAUCUCGAGCGGGAUGAACAGUGUAUGUAUCUCUCUUCUUUAGUGUGACUCCCUGAUCAAUGGAUCCCUAUCCCUGAUCUCUUACAAUGUAACAGCCCAGUAAUAAAGCUGUGUAGAUCUGGUGCAGAGACUCCCAGGUCAAUGGAUCCCUAUCCCUGAUCUCUUACAAUGUAACAGUUCAGUAAUAAAGCUGUGUAGAUCUGGUGCAGAGACUCCCUGAUCAAUGGAUCCCCAUCCCUGAUCUCUUACGAUGUAACAGUCCUGUAAUAAAGCUGUGUAGAUCUGGUGCAGAGACUCCCUGAUCAAUGGAUCCCUAUCCGUGAUCUCUUACAAUGUAACAGUUCAAUAAUAAAGCUGUGUAGAUCUGGUGCAGAGACUCCCUGAUCAAUGGAUCCCCAUCCCUGAUCUCUUACGAUGUAACAGUCCUGUAAUAAAGCUGUGUAGAUCUGGUGCAGAGACUCCCUGAUCAAUGGAUCCCCAUCCCUGAUCUCUUACGAUGUAACAGUCCUGUAAUAAAGCUGUGUAGAUCUGGUGCAGAGACUCCCUGAUCAAUGGAUCCCUAUCCCUGAUCUCUUACAAUGUAACAGUUCAGUAAUAAAGCUGUGUAGAUCUGGUGCAGAGACUCCCUGAUCAAUGGAUCCCUAUCCCUGAUCUCUUACGAUGUAACAGUCCUGUAAUAAAGCUGUGUAGAUCUGGUGCAGAGACUCCCUGAUCAAUGGAUCCCCAUCCCUGAUCUCUUACAAUGUAACAGUCCGGUAAUAAAGCUGUGUAGAUCUGGUGCAGAGACAACUUGAUCAAUGGAUCCCUAUCCCUGAUCUCUUACAAUGUAACAGUCCAUUAUUAAAGCUGUGUAGAUCUGGUGCAUAGACUCCCUGAUCAAUGGAUCCCUAUCCCUGAUCUCUUACGAUGUAACAGUCCAGUAAUAAAGCUGUGUAGAUCUGGUGCAGAGACUCCCUGAUCAAUGGAUCCCUAUCCCUGAUCUCUUACGAUGUAACAGUCCAGUAAUAAAGCUGUGUAGAUCUGGUGCAGAGACUCCCUGAUCAAUGGAUCCCUAUCCCUGAUCUCUUACGAUGUAACAGUCCUGUAAUAAAGCUGUGUAGAUCUGGUGCAGAGACUCCCUGAUCAAUGGAUCCCCAUCCCUGAUCUCUUACGAUGUAACAGUCCAGUAAUAAAGCUGUGUAGAUCUGGUGCAGAGACUCCCUGAUCAAUGGAUCCCUAUCCCUGAUCUCUUACAAUGUAACAGUCCGGUAAUAAAGCUGUGUAGAUCUGGUGCAGAGACUCCCUGAUCAAUGGAUCCCUAUCCCUGAUCUCUUACAAUGUAACAGUCCGGUAAUAAAGCUGUGUAGAUCUGGAGCAGAGACAACUUGAUCAAUGGAUCCCUAUUCCUGAUCUCUUACAAUGUAACAGUCUAUUAUUAAAGCUGUGUAGAUCUGGUGCAUAGACUCCCUGAUCAAUGGAUCCCUAUCCCUGAUCUCUUACAAUGUAACAGUCCAGUAAUAAAGCUGUGUAGAUCUGGUGCAGAGACUCCCUGAUCAAUGGAUCCCUAUCCCUGAUCUCUUACGAUGUAACAGUCCUGUAAUAAAGCUGUGUAGAUCUGGUGCAGAGACUCCCUGAUCAAUGGAUCCCUAUCCCUGAUCUCUUACAAUGUAACAGUCCGGUAAUAAAGCUGUGUAGAUCUGGUGCAGAGACUCCUUGAUCAAUGGAUCCCUAUCCCUGAUCUCUUACGAUGUAACAGUCCAGUAAUAAAGCUGUGUAGAUCUGGUGCAGAGACAGCUGUAACUCUGUAACAUCAACGUUGAACAGUUUAGCCCUGUGGCAUAAGGUCUAUAAAGGAAUGCUUUUUGAACACAGUCUAUGCCUGCAUUGUCAGAGCAUUGACUUUGCGCCCUCAUUAAAAUUAUUGUGUAAAAAUCUCAAAGAAGAAGCAUAGAACUAUAGAAGGAUUGUUGCAGCCUUGACUUUCCAAGUGGCCAUAUAUGGUACUGCAGGUAAAAAUAUUCAUAUCUCAGUCCCAAGUAGCAUUUGUUUCACUAUCGGUCUAGCUCAAGGAUAGACAACCUUCGGCACUCCAGAUGUUGUGGACUACAUCCCCCAUAAUGCUCCUACACCUAAAAUGCUUGUAAAGCAUCAUAGGAGGUGUAGUCCAAAACAUCUGGAGUGCCGAAGGUUGCCUAUGCCUGUAUCUAGCUAGCCCAUUGACAUCUGCAGACCUCUGAUAUGACAUCAGCCAGAAAGUAUCUGGACCAGUAACUGUCUCCAACAAGGUUUGAUGUCCCUGUACAUCCUUUAUAAAUGGCCUUAUUUUAUUGGUUUAGAAAUGAGAAUAGAUUAUAUUAUCACAUAUAAUUGUUUAUAUAAUUUCAUAAUGACCUCACAGAAAUAUUUAUUGGUGAACUGUUUUAAUCAGCAAACACAGCAUCGAUAAUGUUGUGCUUAGUGAAUAACUGUACAGUUAUAGCAAUUAAAAGCUCCAACAAUAGUCAUUUAUUUCAGUUCAAUGGCUACCAUGAGUCACAUGGCUUUUGUGAAUGCAUGGAAUUUAAUUUCAUUUAUUUAUUUUGGACAUUACAUCAUUCCCCUCUCCCAUGUUCCAUCCUUUCCAUGCUGUCAGGGUAAUCGUUUCUGGUAGAUUAGUGGUGGGUAUGAGUGGGCUGUUCUCUACCACCCUUCUCCCUGGCAUGACCUAUAAUUUAUAUGCCAGUUCUGCCCAGAGUGAUGGCCAGCAGCACAGUGUGGCAAAGGGGCACAAGGAGGUGACACAGCUAGAACUGAGCUGGGAAUUCAAAGUUCUCAUUCUCCAUGGCAAAGCAUGGGUUUGGCAGAAGAGCCCCUGAUCACCCCGGAUUCUCUAGGAUACCAGCUGUGCCAUGCAGUGCCACACAGUGCAGAUACCGGGCUGACUGGUAAAUAACGCAGUCUGGAAGAUAAGUUCCCAGAGCACCUGACCUGUGUGCGAAUCUGUUUUUUUGUUGUUAAAUAUAAUCAUGGUGCCUUAACCCCUUAAACUUCUGGAAUAAAGGGGAAUCAUGACAUGUCACACAUGUCAUGUGUCCUUAAGGGGUUAAGGAACCCUUUGAGUGCCAGAUGUAUGACCAGCACUUUGCAAAGCAAUGUGGGUGGUAGACCUCCAUAUUGUGAUGUUCCAAAGAAUGUGUCUGAUUAUCAGCCCAUUGUAACGCACAAGGUGAAAGGAACUUUGUGUUUUAAAUCAAUUAUUUAUUUCUAAAAGACGUGUUCUAAUAGAAAACUAUACAUUCAAUUACUGUAUAUGAGUGCUGAACAAAAUGCAUGAUCUGUUUUCAUAUUAGGAGUAAAAUGCUUUGAAUGGGAUUUAAUCAACUGUCAAAAGCUUUAUUCACACUGAGAAUAGGGGAGUUUUAUAUUUUCAGCUCUCUCUUUGUAUUCCUGCUAUAGCAGAAUCAUUAAUAUAGAGAACGGUGUCUCAAUUCUUUAUAUUAACAAUUUAACUCUAAGAUAUACUGUAUACUAUGCAGUAAGAAUUAGACGGAAUUAGACUAGUUUAGCUAAAUACUUAUCAACUUGCACCCUCCAGUGGCAAAAGUUAGGAAACACAACAUCUUUUCUGUCCACAUUUGUACAGCUGUAAAACACCAGGAGCAGUUAUUCGUUGUUCUGUGGGUUUUUAUUGUAAAUGGGAUUAAAUGUUCCGUUAAAGGGUAUCCAGGUUAACAAGCCCAUGUGUCUCUUAUAGAAUUACAUACAAUAAAAAAAAAGUGAAUUUAGUGAACAGAAAGCUAUUUGUUUUAUUUCAGAGAGAUUGCGAAUAGUGAGUGGCUUGACAAUACAGCCAAAGUGACUCCCUCUUAUUUAAUGCAAUAUACAGAUAAUACAAAGGAAUAGAAAUCAAUGAUAAAUUAUAUCAAAUUUCAAAGAAUAAACCCGCCAUGAAAGUUUCCCAUACCCGAACAUUUUAGGGAGUUUUCUGUGGGUACAAUCCAAUCAGGAGCUUCUCACUCUGAUCAAUGGCAUCUUAUGUUAUCCCAUAAACCCCCGUGUAAAUGGUGUGGUGGGAUAAGCAGAGUAUUUUCACUUAUCACAUCACGCCAUGCUGAGGAUUCUAUCAGUUUACAGCACACAGACUAAUUUACUCUUUGUAGCACUGGGAUUUGGGAUGUUCUGCAGCCCCUGACCACCUGUGCUGUGUCUCGGCUCUCUCUGGGGAGGACCAAGAGAUGCUGUCUGCUUGUGUGCAUGCUACACGUGCUGAGAUUUAAAAAUCUGCAAAAGGAAAGUGUAUAAUGUUAAAGAGACACGACUCCCUCCCAUUGUCAUGCAUUUAAAAAGAUGCACAAGUAAUGAAGAGAUGCACAUUUGUGAAGAUCCGUGGUUUGUUAUAGACCUGCUAUAGCUUCUACAGGGAGCAGGACAUGACUGAGACCUCUCUGCCAAUCCCGGUCCUCCCAUUGUUUUCAAUAUUAGUGACUUUGUAAUGUAGUUAUAUUGUUUUAAACCAUUUAAAGCAUUCUUUUUCACUCCACUGUUUAAAAUGUUGAUCCAAAAGAAGCCAAAGCCAGACAUGUAACAGAUUUCUGAUUGUUUCCCAAAGCAGGAAAUAUAUAUAUUUUACUCCAAGCACCAUAACCACUACAUCUGUAAUGUGGUGAAUUUGUAAGGAGUUAUUCUGUUUUACUAUGGUUUAGCUUCUCACCCAGGGUCUGCUGGGAGCCGCUCCCAUACUCCACUACAGCUUACUGAGAACUGAAGCAUAGGGUAUUCUAUUAGUUCUCCUGAGCUAAGCCCUCCAAUUCUCUCAGCCAAUGAGCUAAGCCCUCCAAUUCUCUCAGCCAAUGAGCUAAGCCCUGCAGUUCUCUCAGCCAAUGAGCUAAGCCCUGCAGUUCAUUCAGCCAGUGAGCUAAGCCCUGCAGUUCUCUCAGCCAAUGAGCUAGGCCUUGUAGUUCAUUCAGCCAAUGAGCUAAGCCUUGUCAUUCUCUUAGCCAAUGAGCUAAGCCCUGCAGUUCUCUCAGCCAAUGAGCUAUGCCUUGCACUUUUCUCAGCCAGUUGUAUUGGAAAACAGACAGGAUUAGGCGCUCACUAUAGUGAUAUAUACAAUAAAGAGUGGGCAGCAGUGACCAACACAAGGAUUCCCAACCUUGUAAUAGAACAAUUUGUGAACAAGAAAAAAAGGAAACCGCGCCCUUAUUGUGAUACGAAUAUACAUACUCGGAUCCUUAUGAUCGUGUUAUAUCAAUAAUCAACCUCAAAAAGAAAAAUAUACAAAGUGAUAGUGUAAUACUGUAGAUAAUUUGAUUAAUAAACAGCAAAUAGAUAAAUGCACACUCACAUUUAUCAGAGCUAAUACAGAGCUCUACUUUUCUUGCGCAUAGAUGGAAUAAUCCCUGUCUCUGGAUUAGUUAGAGAUGGUCAGCGUCUUGAUGGUCUCAAACAAAGAACACAUAGAAAGGCAUAGGAAUCCACAUAGUCUAGUAUAUACUAAUACCUUGAAGAUAAUAAAUGUGUAUAAAGUUUCGUACUCACAUUUGCUAGAGCGUGCCUCACUCUAGUUAAUAAAGCUUAGGUGGUAUAAUCCCCACCAAGGAAUAAGAUGGUAACCAGGAAAAAAUAAUAAAUUGGUAUCUCAGAGUGAUAAAAAGUAAUAUAACUGUUUAUUAUACAUAAAGAACAAAUGUGUAAAAAAAUCACUCUAUGAGAAAAGUCCAUAAAAAAUCCACUUCACGCAUUUCACCUAUGGAGGCUUCUUCAGUUGUAUUGGAGGCAGGGAGUGGUGCACAGUAGUCCCCAGGUAUCAAGACAAAUGUCCUAAAAUGGUUUGACUCGUUACAAUUGGGGGUGCCAGAACAUUCCUUGUACCAUAACCACUAUACAAGCGCAAUGUAGUGGUUAUGGUGCUUGGACUGUUCCUUAAAACUACUAGUCCUGGUAUCCCCAACCAGUGUGAUCUGCUUCUCCUUUAUCCUGUAUCAUUGGCACUGGAUAACCAUUUUCAUUACCUGCCAAGUCAUGUGUUUCCCACCAGGUGUCUUUUAAUACUGGUUGUGCCGUACUGUUAAUCAUAUGGCAACAGGUCUCGCUCAACGAUUCAAUCUCUGGAACUUCAUAAAAAAUAAAAGUAACCAGUAUCACCAUAUUCUGUGCUAAUCCCAUGGAGAGUUAUGGAGAUUUUCACCGUCUCUAUCAGAUCUUAAUUUUACGUUUUGGGUGGUCUAUGUGCUUAACAUGCAAUUCAGUGUUCAGUUCACUGCAGAUCACAAUUUAAACCCCAAUAUCUAUGAUGGCAUCAUGCAAUACAAUGUCUUAGAAUAACCGCAAAAAAUCCUAAAUUUGAAACAUUUAAUAAACCCAUCAUUUUACCUUACCUGUUCAAUGUGUAUGCAAGUCAGCAGAGGUUCCUAUUUAGAGUUCAGAGCAUCUGGGCAUCCUCAUCUCCCGGUGUUCGAACAUUCUACACAGUUUUUUAACAUGACGGAGCAAAUAAACAUUGCCACGUAACAGUCCUUAUCAAUUAAUUACAUAAUGUUUAUUAAUAGAAUGAUUUCCCUAUUAAAUGGUGGUAUACCGGUACGCUGGUAAUGGGCACCGAGAUAGGCAAGUCUCUCCUUCCCUGCCUGACUUUGUCUCCAUGAUGUGUGUGACACCGAUGGCUUUGUUGCAUAAUUUUAAAAGUCCACCUCAUGCCUAAAGUAAUGUGUAUAGACUGGAUGGAGACAAGGUGGGCAAGGAAGGAUUAAGGAAUCAAGGCACCCGUUAAGGGACUAUGGAGUGCAAACUGUCCAUGGGUUAUGGGAUGCAAUACUGGUGCUGGCAACCCACGCUACACCUCUACCCUAGUUAAUUAACUGAAAACAGUGAAAAGAUUGUUGUGUCUAUUCCAUAAACCUGUGCACAGAAGGAGUUCAUGGGAUAUACAGUUUAAUUGCCAGAUUUCUGUUGAAGGAUGCAGUGUGUGUGUUAGUGUAGUAAAUGCAGAGUGUUAAUGUGUAGUGAAUGCAGAGAGUGUGUUAGUGUGUAGCGGAUGCAGAUUGUGUGUUAGUGUAGCGGAUGCAGAGUGUGUGUUAGUGUAACGAAUGCAGAGUGUGUUAAUGUGUAGUGUAUGCAGAGUGUGUGUUGUAUUAUUGUAUGCAGUGUGUGUGUGUGUUGUGUUAAUGUAUGCAGUGUGUGUGUGUGUUGUGUUAGUGUAUGCAGUGUGUGUGUUGUAUUAGUGUAUGCAGUGUGUGUGUUGUGUUAGUGUAUGCAGUGUGUGUGUGUUGUGUUAGUGUAUGCAGUGUGUGUGUUGUGUUAGUGUAUGCAGUGUGUGUGUGUUGUGUCAGUGUAUGCAGUGUGUGUUGUAUUGGUGUAUGCAGUGUGUGUUGUGUGUUGUGUUAGUGUAUGCAGUGUGUGUUGUAUUGGUGUAUGCAGUGUGUGUUGUGUGUUGUGUUAGUGUAUGCAGUGUGUGUGUAUGCAGUUAGUGUAUGCAGUGUGUGUGUUGUGUUAGUGUAUGCAGUGUGUGUAUGCAGUUAGUGUAUGCAGUGUGUGUGUGUUGUGUUAGUGUAUGCAGUGCGUGUUGUAUUGCAGUGCAUGUUGUAUUGGUGUAUGCAGUGUGUGUGUUGUGUUAGUGUAUGCAGUGUGUGUUGUAUUGGUGUAUGCAGUGUGUGUUUUGUGUUAGUGUAUGCAGUGUGUGUGUUGUGUUAGUGUAUGCAGUGUGUGUGUGUUGUAUUGGUGUAUGCAGUGUGUGUGUUGUGUUAGUGUAUGCAGUGUGUGUAAAUGUGCAAUCUGGGGUGGGAGGGGCAUUUUAACAUUAUUUUUUAUUAAUUUAAUUAAAUGUUUCUCCCCCCUCCCUGCUUACCUGUAUCCAGGGAGGGGGGAGAUUCCAUCUGUGGUGGUCCGGUGGCAUGGGGGCCCAGAGGGGGACCGCAGAGGGGGCCCAGGCAGCACACAGCUUCUCCUCUUCUCUCUUCUAAUAACUCUCGCAAGACCCGCGGAGCGUUGCCAUGGUAACCGGGUCUCGCAAGAGUUAUUAGAAGAAAAAAGAGAAGAGGAGAAGCUGUGUGCUGCCUGGGCCCCCUCUGCGGUAACAGGGAGCCUGGGGCCCGUGGCUGCACACAGAUAGCGAUAUUCGCUAUGUGUGCAGAGAAAGAAAGUGGGGUCCGGGCCCCCCAGGGCCGCCGGGCCGGUGACAACAGUCACAGUUGUCACCCCCUGAUGGCGGCCCUGGUCAGGACUCUGACUGGGCCACCUCAGAAGGCGUAUUUUCUUCUGUUUAAGCCAUUCUGUUGAUUUACUUCUAUGCUUUGGGUCAUUGUCCUGUUGCAACACCCAUCUUCUGUUGAGCUUCAGCUGGUAGACAGAUGACCUUAAGUUCUCUGGCAAAAUGUCUUGAUAAACUUGGGAAUUCAUUUUUCCUUCGAUGAUAGCAAUCCAUCCAGGCCCUGACGCAGCAAAGCAGCCCCAAACCAUGAUGCCCCCACCACCAUACUUCACAGUUGGGAUGAGGUUUUGAUGUUGGUGUGUUGUGCCUUUUUUUCGCCACACAUAGUGUUGUGUGUUUCUUCCAAACAACUCAACUUUGGUUUCAUCUGUCCACAGAAUAUUUUGCCAGUACUGCUGUGGAACAUCCAGGUGCUCUUGUGCAAACUGUAAACGUGCAGCAAUGUUUUGUUUGGACAGCAGUGGCUUCCUAUGUGGUAUCCUCCCAUGAAAUCCAUUCUUGUUUAGUGUUUUACGUAUUGUAGAUUCGCUAACAGGGAUGUUAGCAUUUGCCAGUGACUUUUGUAAGUCUUUAGCUAACACUCUAGGAUUCUUCUUCACCUCAUUGAGCAGUUUGGGCUGUGCUCUUGCAGUCAUCUUUACAGGAAUGGCCACUCCUAGGGAGAUUAGCAGCAGUGCUGAACUUUCUCCAUUUAUAGACAAUUUGUCUUACCGUGGACUGAUGAACAGCAAGGCUUUUGGAGAUACUUUUAUAACCCUUUCCAGCUUUAUGCAAGUCAACAAUUCUUAAUCGUAGGUCUUCUGAGAGCUCUUUUGUGCGAGGCAUCAUUCACAUCAGGCAAUACUUCUUGUGAAAAGCAAACCCAGAACUGGUGUGUGUUUUUUAUAGGGCAGGGCAGCUGUAACCAACACCUCCAAUCUCAUCUCAUUGAUUGGACUCCAGUUGGCUGACAUCUCACUCCAAUUAGCUCUUGGAGAUGUCAUUAGUCUAGGGGUUCACAUACUUUUUCCACCUGCACUGUGAAUGUUUACAUGGUGUGUUCAAUAAAAACAUGGCAGCAUUUCAUUCUUUGUGUGUUAUUAGUUUAAGCAGACUGUGAUUGUCUAUUGUUGUGACUUAGAUGAUGAUCAGAUCAUAUUUUAUGACCAAUUUGUGCAGAAAUCCAUAUCAUUCCAAAGGGUUCACAUACUUUUUCUUGCAACUGUAUAUAUGUACACAUACACACACACACCAGAUCAUGUGAACAUGGUUUGACUACGUACUGUGGGGCAGCACCGAGGCCCUAUAACCACUAUAGCACACUGUAGUGGUAAUGGUGCCAGUUCUAUCCCUUUAAAAGCUGUGCAUACCUCAGUUUCAUAGUUCCAGUUCCCGGUAAGGUCAUCCUCCCAAGGGGAAUACAAUGAUUGAUGACAGCACUUCCUAAUAAUCUAACAAUUUGGUUAAAACAAUACACCAGCACUGUGAUGCGGUCAGUUAUGUUAUGUAUUGCAAUUUAAUUCAAGUAUUCAUUUACUGAUUUUAAAUUGUUUUUGAUAAAUAUGAAUUUUAAGAAUGUUAUUCGAUUAUUAUUUUGUAUUUAAACUGUAUGUUUUUUUUUUAAAUUCAUGGAUUGUCUAAUAUGCAUACCCAAAUAUUUAAAAUGUAUAGAAAUGGACAAUAUAAAUAUUGCUGACAAUAUGCAGUGCAGCUUUAACUAGAGAAUCCGACAUCUUUGUGUAGUUAAAAAAUAUAUAUAUAUAUAACAGCUUAGUUAAAAUUCACUCUGUCACCCAGCAGCACUGCUGUUGCCAUGGAGACACAGUCUGCGCUUGCUUGCAAUCAAUAAUUUUGCUUUGCUCUCAUUCCUAGAAGCCAAAAAUAGCCUCUCUCCAUUCUUAGUCUUUUUGUACAAAAAUACGUGUGUCGGACAAAAAUGAGACAAGAACACUACUGGAUAAUUGGCAAAAUAAACUGAUUUUCAUUUGAUUUUCUCAUUUGAUUAACUGUUUGUGACUGUACGGAUUUUUGCUUUGCCACUAGAUUACGUAAUUAUUAACCAUUUCAUUGCGGCAUUGGUGCAGUGCAGUCUGCCUUCGUGUCACUGCAGAUUACAUUGUCUGCAAGGUAUCGCUAUGGCGAUCUGUCUUUCUAAAACAUGGAUUCUUCUAUAACCCCCUUGAUUCUAUUCAUAUCACCUUAGAUCUUAUAGCGACACGUUGAGCUGUGGCAGCUCAGUUGUUGUCGGACUAUAACUGCCAUAAUUUUCCUUCAGCCAAUGACCAAUGGCUGACCGAAAAUUACAGGGGUUUUAGAUUAACAGCAGCUAGGUAACAGAGUGCAGUUCUCCACCCAUACCUGCACAUUUGGUUUAAUUAAAAAAAUAUAAUUCUAGAACAAACAUGUUCCCUUUAAGCAGCAGCAUGGAUACAAAGCAGGCAGUAAAUGGUGGCAUUGUACGGACUGUCGCCGUGGUGGCAGAUUGUGAUUUGAUGCUAUGAAUGUUUCUGGAUUACUGGAGCAUUGGAUGAAUUUAGACUCUGCAUCCUCACACCCCCUCAGUAUAACUUACUCUAACCUUAGUGUUAGGGUAGCUGUCUCUAAGAUUAGUGUUAAUGUUACAUACCACCCAACUUUCCCUAUUUAGGAGGACAGUCCCUAGUUAGGCCCAGUUAACUUACUUUUCUAUUCAGAUGUCUGUCUUUUCUAGGAGCUCCAUAUUGUUGGCGAGUCUAAGUGUAUAACUCCCUGUAAUGUGUCUUUAAACCACAAUAAAUGUGUUCAGAAGAUACAUUGUUCUCGUUCUAAAAUACAUCUACUAUCUAAAAGUUACAUUGAUUGUUAUUACUAAGGCACGUAAAAUUUCUCAAGAUAGCCUUGUUCCAGGCCAUAAGCCAGCUCACACCCCUAAAAUGAAAGUGUCCCCUCUUCGUACAUCUGAAACGUUCGGAGGUAGAAUGUUAGGAUUAGUUAGGGUUAAGGUUAGUGCACGUAUUGGAGUUAGUGUUAGGGUUAUAUAGAAUUUGCCUUUAGUUGCACUUGUUGCAUUAAAAUUAUAAUAGACAAAAGUGAUUAAAAAAAAAUUAGAUUUGUUUUCCCUUCAUUUAUAUAUUUUUCAUACUGAAUUAUGAGAUACUUACAUGCAAUCACAGACUUCCCAAUGUAGCUCACCGCCUCUUGAGUUUAUAUCCACUGAGCUAACCAAACCAGGAAGUACCAGGACCUGUUGUCCGAUUGACAGCCCAGGGGGUGUAACAUGGUCCAUUUAUAAAAGUGCCAAUUUCUGUUGAAAUCUGCACUUUUGGUAAAAUGAAUAAAUAGGAGAACAUUUUUACAUGCAGUCAGACAGCCAGAUGGGAUUUGUUCCUGAUUGUUUUGUAGGCAAUCUCUUGGUGGGCAGAGUGGUAACUCGCUGGACUAGAAAUAAGUUUACUAUUUGCAGGAAGGGAGGCGAAGGGGGUCCAGAACACACCCCAACAGGCCUCCAUGAUAUUUAUAAAUCUAAGGUGUCUCAAGGUUCAUUUCAUUUCUGGUAAUGGGUCCAGACCAAGCUGUGCAAGUAGUCUGAAAAUAUAAAGUCUUUGGAUGUGCUGCACUGUUAUAUCAGCUUACUGGUACUUUCUGGUGUAACCCAUCCCUUGUUUAACACAAGAGAUCAUUUUUUACAGUAUAACGUAUACAAACACUGUGAUUAGCAAAACCAGCCUGCUGUUACAUUAUCCUCGUUAGAAUUUCUCAUUUUCUCAUGGUGUUCUAAUUGUUGGGUUUGGAACAAAACUGAAUCUGUGUGUUCCUUUUUAUUCACUUACCAUUAUAAGAUUAAAUACCCAUUUUAGUUCAUCAGUCUGGCAAUUCUUAAUACAAAUGUCAAGGCAAUUAUUUUAGUCUAUUGUUUUUGCACCUUCCGAGAUGUGGGGUUCCCUUUCGAUCUCCAGUUGAGUUACAUUUUGGAUGCAGAUAUUUCCUUACCCUCUCUGAAUUUGCUUCCCUGGGAACGCUGCCAUGUCUAAGUACAGGUCACGCAAUGGCACCUUCUAUGCGCAGUUUUACUAGAAUAUGCAAAAAAAUAUAUUUUUAUAGGGUUGUGAUGGGACAUAGAUGCACAUAGACUGUUGUUGAAAAAACUAGCUGGAAGUCAGAGCAUUGCGCAGACAUGCUUGGACAACUUAGGUACAGUAACAGUACCUCCACCUUGACACCUAUUGCGGCUCUAACCAUUAAACAAUGUGACAUACUGCCAUAUCCAUCUUGGUCAGAUCAGGGGCAAGCACUCCAGAUGUUGAGCAGGAUAUUACUUUGCUGCAAAGGGAAUUAGAUAUAUUGGGGGACUGGGCCCUCAAACGGCAGAUGAAAUCUAAUGUACAGUAGAUAAAAGCAAAUGAUGCACAAGCAACCUAUACCUUAAUAAUAGUGAAUUAGGGAUAACAACACUGAAGAAGGAUUUGGGAAUUGUUAUAGACAACAAACUAGGCAACAAUGUGCAAUGUAAGUCAGCAGUGGCUAAGGCCAGUAAGAAAGCUGGAAUCCCCUCAGCACUCUCAAAGGUAGGGAGGCUGGGGAUUAAAUGAAAAAAAAAAUUUGAGUGUGUAUGUGUGUUAGUGUUAAUGUUUGUCAGUGAGUGUGUUACUGUGUGUGUGUCUGUUACUGAGUGUGUUAGUUGUGUGUUAGUUUGUGUGUGUCUCUUAUUGAGUGUGUGUCUGCUAGUGAGUGUCAGUGAGUGUGUUCAUUUUUGUGUCAGUGAGUGUGUUACUGUGUGUGUCUGUUACUGAUUGUGUUAGUUUGAGUUUGUCUGUUAUUGAGAGUGUGUCUAUUAGUGAGUCUGGUUGGUGUCUGUUAGUGAGUGUGUGUUUGUCUGUGAGAGUGUAUAUUUUGUAAGUGAGUGUGUAUGUGUGUCUGUCUGUCAGUGAGUGUGUAUGUAUGUCUGUCACUGAGUGUGUGUCUGUCAGUAAAUGUGUGUGUCUGUUAGCUAGUGUGUAUGCGUCUGUUCGUGAGAGUGUGUGUGUGCUUGUCUGUUAGUGAGUGUGUGUUUGUUGGUGAGAGUGUAUAUGUGUUUGUCAGUGAGUGUGUAUGUGGGUCUGUCACUAUGAGUGUGUGUCUGUAUGUGUGUAUGUAUCUGUAUCUCUUGUUUUCCUGGCACUAUAUAUUCCUUAGGUCCCCCCCACCCUUGUGGCCCUCCUCCCGCUGGGCUAUAAGGGUUAAAACCCCUUCAGCACUUACCUUUCUCCAGCACUGGGCUCCCUUGGCACUGGGGAUCUCUCCGCCCUGAUCCGCCUCUCAGUUUUGAAUGCGCAAGAUUUUCACAGUGAGAAUCGCGGAAGCGCCUCUAGCGGCUGUCAGUGAGACAACCACUAGAGGCUGGAUUAACCCUCGGUGUAAACAUAGCAGUUUCUCUGAAACUGCUAUGUUUUCAGCUGCAGGGUUAAAACUAGAGGGACCUGGCACCCAGACCACUUCAUUGAGCUGAUGUGAUCUGGGUGUCUGUAGUGGUCAAUUAAGUGUAUGUGUAUCUGCAUGCACUGGUGUACAUACCGCGGUCGCAGCCCUGCGACCAGGUGCCCACCGCCAUGUGUUGCGGCCUGGCCCGUGCAGUGUAAGCGAGGGGGCACGGAUCAGUUUUCGCACCGGGGAUCUUGUGUGUACGUCACUGAUUCAGGGCCAAUACAAACCAUAAACAGGAAUUUACAUAGGACACAGGGUCAUGUGUUUAGACUCGAAGAAAUUAGAUUCAGUCUAAGGAAAAGGAUUUUACAGUAAGAACAAUAAGGAUGUGGAAUUCUCUGCCUGAAGACGUGGUUAUAUCGCAGUCUAUACAGACGUUUAAACAGCAAUUGGAUAAAUACUUGCAAAAGCACAAUAUACAGGUAUAUCAUUUUUAAGUUGUGGAAUAAUGACUUCUUGAUCCGAGCAUAAAUCUGACUGCGAUUCUGGGGUCAGAAAGGAUGUUUUUUCUAGUUUGUUGCAAAACUAGAAGUGCUUUAAACUGGGUUAUUUGCCUUAUUUUGGAUCAACAGCAAAAACAGAUGUGAGAAAGUCUGAACUUGAUGGACGCAUGUCUGUUUUUAGCCUAUGUAAUUAUGACUACAUCUCCCCUGAUGCUUUGCCACCAUUAUAGCUGUAAAAGCAUCAUGGGAGAUGUAGUCCGGAACAUCUGGGGUGCCAAAGGUUGUCUACCACUGAUCUAGGUGAAAGGUAGAGAAGGGGAGUUAGUAGGAAAAACCCUUACAGUAAACGUGGCCUGAAGCUAAAUAUAGUGGACACAGCAAAGCAGCCCAGUAUGAUAAAAAUCAACCAAAUGUAAAUGAUUAUAUAUCUCACUAAAUAGGCAAUUAUAGUAAUAAGCAGCCGAAUACCAGAUGGAUCUCAGCCAAACCCUAGAAGAAGUGUAUCUUCAUAAACUGGGCAGCCAAAGUGCAUCAAUGCCUCAACUAAACGUUAUCCGUGUGUCAAUCCAGUACACAGGUAGCAAAUUCCAGCCACCCCCCAAAGGUACUGGGCUGAAUUAGGUUAAAACAAGCUUCUUCCUUAUUCGAGAUAUAUAUAUAUAAAUCAUGGGAGGCUUACAGAUAAGUUAAAGUUUGUUUAACUACUCAUUAUCAGGGCUGCAUUAAUUUUAAGGGUUGCUCCAAUCACCAUGACCACUUCAGUGAUUUAAAGUGGUCAUGAUUGUAGGUGUCUGUAUGUGCUGGAGUUUCCGCUGGAAGAGCUACACAUACAGAGUAAUCUGCACUUGUGUGCGAGGGGCUAGUUACAACCCCGGCACACGUUCAUUUCUGUGCAUAAAAUACGUUGUCAGUGCACACAACAUGUUGGCAACAGACAUAUUUAAUUUUUCCUUGCAUGCAGUUUCUUCAAGGGGACGUGUUUCUCUACCUGCCUCCCAAUACGAUUGCUCAUUUCAAAGAUAAAUAAACGAAUACAUUUCUACCUCCCCACUGCCUCUCCCCUUGCUGGCUUAGAUUGCGCGCAUGUGCUCUCUUCUCUAUGAGAAGCUUGUCAUUGGUCUGCGCAAGACCCUGGCUGACAUCAGGCAGGAACAUAUAAGGCAGCUGCUGGAUUCCAGGUAAUUCAAAAUCUUUUUUUUUUUUUUCAGGAAUUACUGCACAAUGGGGGGAGGAGGGGGAAUAAUUAAUAGCACUCGCUUGGGCAUUAUACAUAGAAAAAUGUCUACCCCCUAAAAAGGGUUGGGUUUUUUAGACCCCCUUUAGCUUGGAAAGCCUUUGAUACCUAUUGAAGAGGAAUUCUAGUGACUCCAGAGAUGAGGUUAGAGUUCCAAAGAGCUCCAUUGGAAUUGCUGGCAAAGCGUGAGAAGCUGCAAUUUCAGGUUUACUUUAAAUUCUCAACGUAUCACAGUGUUAUCAGCUAUAUUUUAUAAGUCCAUUCAUUCAAUUAUAGUGAAAGUUAUCGCUUAUGGUGUGAGGUAUUUGGGGCUGCUGGUGCUAUGUGUGCUCCCAGUAUACCAUUCACAUCUUUAUUUAUUAGUAUGGUCCUUGAUGUCCCUAAUGUCUGAGCUCGGGAAUGACAAGUGAAGUACCACCAUUAAUGUGUUCUCAGGUCUCUGGGAGUUGGGGUAUGUGUAUGUGUGUAUGUUAUUGCUGGGAUGGGAGCAGUACUGUUCAUAUAGUCGAGUUAAGAGACCACCAUGGUUCCAUGGCCAAUUUAGAUAGACAGGUCGGUGUGUGACCAGUUGGGAGGUCUGGCUGUAAUGUCAGAUAAAAGGACAAUAUCUUCAAGAAUUACUGCUUUUGUGGAGCCAUCAAGGCAAUGCCUAUUGAAAUAUAAAAUGGCCUCUUGUGUUUUCGUUUAUAAAUUAAGAUCUUAAGGGGUCACAGGGCAGAGUGUCACAGAGCAAUUGAGUUAAAGCAGCAUUUUGCAUGAGAACAUAUGAAAAAGCUAAAUGAAACAAACAGGUAGCCCAGCAGAGCAGUGCAUGUCAUUUAUCUUUAUAUCUGGUCAAUAUCUUUGAAUAACGAGGUGCACAGAGCAGUGUAUGGUCAUUCUGUAUCUGUACAUAGCAGCAUAUUCUUAGAUCUGUAUCCAAUCAUCUGCAUAAUCACUCAGUUGAAAGUGUGUUGGUUGUUCGAUCAUUACUGAAACUAUGCCUCAUUGUCUAGUAGAUAAUAAAAGAUUAGAAUGCAGUUCUAAUAACCAGCCAAGAGAAAAUAGAUAAUCAAAAAACACAGGCAAAUUAUGUACAAUAAAAAGCAUGAAUGAACUGCAAAAUUGACAAUAAUUUAAUCAGUGUGUAAAUUUAUUUAGUUGUUUUCUGAACAGUAACGCAAAAGGCAGCCUGCCCUUGUAGUAAAGGAAUGUCUAUAAAAGCAAAGAUUUCAUUAUCUGAAAAAGAAUGGGCAGAUACAGCACAUCUAAAAGACAAAAAUAAAUAAAUUGUAGUUUCCGUGUUUGAUUACAAUACAGCAGCCCACGUCAGAUAAUAUUCAAUAUCCUUUAUACAAUAAAUCAAUUACAAAUAGCAAACGUAAACUGAGAAAGAGGGUUCGGUAAUAACAUCAGUCCACCAAUUCCAGCAACUAGCAUACCAGAGUGAGACACGUCAUCGGAACCUCCCAACGUUUUGGCAACUACUGGUACCUUGAUCAAGGGAUAGUUUCCUUGAUUUCCUGAUCUCAUUCAGUUUGAUAGUAGAUCACUUGAACAUUAUUGAUUAGGGUCAACUUGAUCAUUAGCUCCACUCUUAGGAUGGGCUGUGGGGCUCCUGCCCCAGACCCGGGGCUUUGGAAGAACCUCAAAUAUUUACUUUAUGUUGAAGAAUAAGAUCUUGGUGGGGGAUAAAUUUAUCGCUAAUUGGUGGAAAAAGAAGUACUUAAUCUCCUGGUAUCCUCGACCAGCAACCAUUAUAUUUAUUCCUCAUCGGAACUGUCACACUGCAUGAAAUCAUGGCCAGAGUCGAAAAAAAUGGCUGCACCCAGAUAUUGAGACCCAGCACAAGGAAGAAAAGAUAAUAAAUAAAAGCAAGUGGCAAGGGAGCAUAAGGAAAUUUAAAUGCAGAAUAUAUGUAAUUCUACCUCUUUGCGCUUUGGACUUCUUGUACAGAUUCCAGCUAGUCUAGCUAAUAUGGCAGGUCUCUGGGUAUAUUUCUUUGUUUUAGAUCCAGUUACCCCUGGCAUCCCAUGAGUAUUUACAUUAAAAUUAAUGUAUAACAGUCUGGCUUUGCCAUAAUCCCUGGUCACACUGUUCACUGGCAAUGUCCCAGCAGCCACAUGAAGACAAGUACAUAUGACAGCAGCUGUUAUGACCAAGAUAUCCACCAAUUCAUCUACCGUUUUAAAUGUCUCCACCCAUACAUCUACCCUUAUAAAUGUUCCCACCAAUUCAUCUACCAUUUUAAAUUUCUCCACUAAUUCAGCUAACCUUUUACAUAUUUCCACCAAUUCAUCUACCCUUUUAAAUGUUCCCACCAAUCCAUCUAACCUUAUAAAGGUCACCAUCAAUUACUGUACUCUUAUAAAUGUCCCCAUCAAUUCAGCUACCCUUUUAAAGGUCUCCAUCUAUUUAUCUGUUUUUACAAACGUCUCCAACAAUUCCUCUAUUCAAUCCAUUUUAUCCAACCUUAUAAAUGUCCCCACCAAUUUAUCUAACCGUAUAAAUGUCCCCACCAAUUUAUCUAACCUUAUAAAUGUCCCCUAUCCCCCCAAUUUAUCUAAUCAUAUAAAUGUUCUCAUUAAUUCAUCCAGCCUUAUACAUGUCCCCACCAAUUCAUCUAACCUUACAAAGGUUGCCAUCGAUUACUGUACUCUUAUAAAUGUCCCCAACAAUUCAUCUACCGUUUUAAAGGUCCCAACCAGGUAAUCUACCCUAAUAAAGGUCCCCAUCAAUUCAUCUACCCGGAUACAUUUCUCCACCAAUACACCUACCCUUAUAAGUUUUCCCACUAAUUCAACUAGCUGUCAUGAUCUUGCUCAGGUCAGACAGGAGGCUUUGGCCAGAGUUGACAAAAGAGGCUUUAUCGGCAGGUUUUGACAUAUCAGCAGGUUAACGUAUAGAAUGAAAUAAUAGGGAGAAGGGAAGAGAGAGAAAUAAACGUUAAGGUAAUAUGCCCUAGAAAGAUAAUAAACAGUUGUGCAAAUAAUAAGAAAGCUAGAGAUAACAGUAUAUGAAGAAUAAUAAGACAGGUACAAAGAAUAAGGUUUCAGGGUAAGAAAAUAACACCUUGUAAAUAAAAGUAAGCAGCAAUGUCCAGAUAGGGGUUAAGCAGGAUUGUUAUGGAGCAGGGUUAGCAGUAAACCAGGUUGGCAUAAUAAAGCAGUGUUGCAGGUAAUCCAGGUUGGUAUGGAGCAGGGUUGGUAUGGAGCAGGGUUGGUAGUAAACCAGGUUGGCAGGAUAAAGCAGAGUUGCAGGUUAUCAAGGUUGAUAUGAAGCAGGGUUGGCAUGGAGCGGGGUUGGUAGUAAACCAGGUUGGCAGGAUAAAGCAGUGUUGCAGGUUAUCCAGGUUGGUAUGGAGCAGGGUUGGUAGUGAAUCAGGUUAGAAGCAAUGAAGGCAAGUCACAGCUUGCUUCACAGGAGCCAGGAUCGGAAGUCUUUUAGUAAGAACAUCAGCUUCAAUGUAAAGGCCACUUGGAUUGUCGGGUAUAGCCUUUUAUAGCAUACUUGAUACAUGCUAUGCAGGUGUGAGACUGAGGUGGCUAGUGGCUAGGGAGGCCACUAGAGGCGAGAAACAGGUACUGUAUUUAAAGGAACAGAAAUAAAUGAAGAUAUAACAUAGUAAUAAACACCAAGAAACUUUGUGGUGGGAUACUGGGAGUACCCACAGAGUGUAUUCAGCAGCUAACGAUAACACAGUUCAAUACAAUACUACACAAGCGCCACUAUUUCCCACACCUAGUUGUGUUUGAAGAUAAAACAUAGUUAUCAGGAUAGGAUCCUGACACUAGCCUUAUAAAGGUCACGAUUAAUUCCUGUACUCUUAUCUAUUUAUCUAUCCUUACAAAGGUCUUCAACAAUUCCUGUAGUCUUAUAAAUGUCCCCACCAAUUUAUCUACCCUUAUAAAUAUCCCCGCCAAUGCAUCUACCACCAAUUUAUCUAACCUUAUAAAUAUCCCGCCAAUGCAUCUACCACCAAUUUAUCUAACCUUAUAAAUAUCCCCGCCAAUGCAUCUACCACCAAUUUAUCUAACCUUAUAAAUAUCCCGCCAAUGCAUCUACCACCAAUUUAUCUAACCUUAUAAAUAUCCCCACCAAUGCAUCUACCACCAAUUUAUCUAACCUUAUAAAUAUCCCCGCCAAUGCAUCUACCACCAAUUUAUCUAACCUUAUAAAUAUCCCUGCCAAUGCAUCUACCACCAAUUUAUCUAACCUUAUAAAUAUCCCCGCCAAUGCAUCUACCACCAAUUUAUCUAACCUUAUAAAUAUCCCGCCAAUGCAUCUACCACCAAUUUAUCUAACCUUAUAAAUAUCCCUGCCAAUGCAUCUACCACCAAUUUAUCUAAUCUUAUAAAUAUCCCCACCAAUGCAUCUACCACCAAUUUAUCUAACCUUAUAAAUAUCCCCGCCAAUGCAUCUACCACCAAUUUAUCUAACCUUAUAAAUAUCCCCACCAAUGCAUCUACCACCAAUUUAUCUAACCUUAUAAAUAUCCCCGCCAAUGCAUCUACCACCAAUUUAUCUAACCUUAUAAAUAUCCCCACCAAUGCAUCUACCACCAAUUUAUCUAACCUUAUAAAUAUCCCCACCAAUGCAUCUACCACCAAUUUAUCUUACCUUAUAAAUAUCCCCACCAAUGCAUCUAAAACCAAUUUAUCUAACCUUAUAAAUAUCCCUGCCAAUGCAUCUACCACCAAUUUAUCUAAUCUUAUAAAUAUCCCCACCAAUGCAUCUACCACCAAUUUAUCUAACCUUAUAAAUAUCCCCGCCAAUGCAUCUACCACCAAUUUAUCUAACCUUAUAAAUAUCCCCACCAAUGCAUCUACCACCAAUUUAUCUAACCUUAUAAAUAUCCCCACCAAUGCAUCUACCACCAAUUUAUCUAACCUUAUAAAUAUCCCCGCCAAUGCAUCUACCACCAAUUUAUCUAACCUUAUAAAUAUCCCCACCAAUGCAUCUACCACCAAUUUAUCUAACCUUAUAAAUAUCCCCACCAAUGCAUUAACCUUUUAAAGUUCGUCUAACCUUAUAAAGGCCCCCAUCAAUUAAUCUAACCUUAAAACGGCUUCUAUCAAUUCCAGUAUUCUUAUAAACGUCCUCAUCAAUUCAUCUAUCUUAAUUUACCCUAAGAAAGUUCCCCAUCAAUUCCACUCCCCUUCUAAACAUUUUGUUAAUUGAUAUAAAGAGAAUAGAAAGUUAUAUAAAAUCUGUAUAAUUUUCAGUGAUUAAUUUUGAGUGAAUCAUCUAUAUAAUUAUGUGCUAACGUGUGUGUGCUACUUUGUUCUGAUCACCUUCCAGAGCAGAGGAUAUUUGUGCUAUAAUUUAUUGUACAGCAUUUUGAGAUGAAUCACAUCUGUCUGGAAAUAGAAGCACCGUUAUCCAGUACUGUUCUGAUAAUGACAAAUAAAUGUUAGUCCUGAUGCAAUUUAUGCUACCAGGAAUUAAAGUGAAGUCAUCUAAACCUUUUCAAUACCUGGAAUAUAUACAUUGGACCUCAAAUACAUGGUUAACACAGUAAGUUAUUGUGUUAGCUGUUUUUAAUAUAACUAACAUUCCAGAUUAUGAUUGCAACACACAUAUAUAACAAAAACAGUUGGUAGGGGUUUUCUCCCUAGGAUAGGGGAGAACCGAAAUGGUUUAUAACAUAGUCUAAGGUGGUACAAACACAUAGAGUACCAUGCCUUACCUUCUGACUUAUUGGAGAGUGUCAUAAUGGUUAUCUCUCUAGAACAAAGACUGCCAAAUAGACAUGAUAGACUUUUACAAUUUUAGAAUAAGUGCCCUACAGAACAUUAGCUCCACAAUUUUAAUUUUCAAAGAUGAUUUAACUAAGAUGGUGCUGUCACUCCCAUGAAGACCAUUAUGAUGGUUCCAUAACCUGAGUCUACAUUUAAAAAAUAAAUAGUGAGUCUCAAUGAUACUCCUAAAAACAUAAUUUCUGCUUGAGGAACUCAUUCUACUGAACAUCUAGAUCUGAUAGAUCUUUAUCAAACUUUCUCUAUGGUCUUCCCAACGUCUGUGUGGGGAGUGAAGCUGGGAAGACCAUAGAGACUAACUGUCGGAUUUCAAAUACCGUCUGACCCAAGGUGUGUGUAUAUGGCUGAUGGAUCCUGUCAUAUACUAAUGCUAGGAAUUAGUUUCUCAUUUUUUACAUAUACUUCAUUUAAAGAAAACCAUUUCCUUUUCACAACUUAGGAAGGAUUAUUUUAAUAAAAAAUAGUUUUGAGAUGACAGUGGUCCUUGAAGGAUUGUGUAACCUUUCAUCGAUGUUGGUACUUCCUGUCCCUCAUACAUCUUUCUUGAAACCCUUAAUUCUAGACUAAUAUUCUGAUUUAGUGCAUUCUAUUCCUGCUCCCACCAUACUAGACCAGAGCAAUGAGUAAGCUUUCUAACGUCCUAGUCUUCUGUUUUUAUUACAGUAACCUACAACAAAUUUUCAGAAGGGCAGGUCCCUGUUCGAAGAGAGCCCAUGGACUCAUAGGAGACUGUGUCCUCUUUUCGUAGUUACUAUCGCAACACGCCUUUCCUCCGGCACAUGGACGAUGCUGUGUGCUGAUGCUGUGCCCUGCUGCCAGAAAUCUAUCCUGCUCCGAUCAAUAUCUUUUAUGCAGUCUGCGUAAAUACAGCAUUUUAGAUAAAUGCUUGUUUAAUUUCUUAGGAUACUUGUGAAAAUCUGUUUUUCAGAUCAAAUAAAAUGUAUGGACAGUGUGGUUGUAGUUUUGGUACCUUGAUCACAAGCAUUGCUCCUUAGCUAGACCCUUGCCUCCACAAUACGUGGCACCAUACCUGUAACUUAUUAAUACCUCACAUACCUCUACCUCCAGGCUGUGAUCUAAUCUUACCACUCCAUUCACCUUGCUCUCUUACUGGGUACACCUUGUUUGACUUUUAGCCCAGGCUCCUAAAACAAGUUGAUUAUUUUGCAUAAUCUAUUCAGUCCUAUUCAGACGAUACUUAUAUUAUAAUAAAAACGUAUUUAUCCAGGUAAGGUACAUUCAGAUUACUCUGGUUUUCAAGUACUUCCCGGGAGUGUUCGUUUGCCCAACAUCCAGUGGAUGGUUCUAUCUACAUUCAUACAAUGGGGUUGAAGUUCAGGCAGACAGCUUGUCCUGUGAUGCCUAAUAGAAAGCUAAAAGCUGCUGAAUCUGACACGUUUAUCUGCAUGAAUGUACUAUAAACACUUAUUCCUAAAUAUGAAAGCUUUUCUUCCUCGAUAUAGAAAGACAAAAUCUUUUUCUCGCCUGAUAGCCCGAUACUUUCUUUCAACACACCAGUGACCUUUGUCCUCGGUAUUGGAGAUCAGCAGAAUAUUCUGUUUCCCAGUAAAGGAAAAAAAAGCUAUAACUUUAUCCCUGGCUAAAGGUGCCCUAACCCUCUCUCCAAGCAUAGAAGGGGAUCAAACAUUUUAUUUUGUCCCAAAUAAAGUGUUCUUCAUCCUUUCUGUUUACAUUGCUCUACAUUAAAUAUUAAACUAUAACAUUUUUUAUUUUUGCUUAUCAAAAUAUUUUUUUUCCGACCAGAAGAGAAUAUUGAUUGGAUUUUGCAAGCACCAUCCAUUAGGCUUAAGAUAUUGAUGGAAUAAUAAAUGCAACUGAAGCAGACUAAUUAAUGUAAUUACCAAAAAAAGAAAUCAUAUCUGUAAGGAGGGCACAUUGAUGCAGUAAUACUGACAUGGAUCAUCGGAAAAGCAUAUCGGUCCAUGUAUGAUGUAAGCUCUUAUUUACUUCAUGGAUGUGUGAUGCCGUAAAGCCAGACAGCAAUUGCUUUUCAUUUGAAAGAAAACUGUGCAUCCUUUCUCUCUUGAUACAUCCCCAAGGCAGUCACAUCACCAUGCUGAUUUGCUGCAGUAAAGACUGCAGCGUCUCUAGUCCGCCCUCCCCCUUUCCUCGUUCUGCUUAGAGCAUCAGUCUGUAGCCAGUGCAUGUGAGCAGCAGUGAAUCCCUCAUACAUUCAUGCUUUGGAAUGCUAAAACAAUAGCCCUGUGCCUCAGCCGAUCACACCCGUAAUUCGACAGCCCCUCGAGAUGCAGACCAGUGCCGACUCAACAAGGAUGGAAUGCUUUUGGACCAACUGGAAAUGUCAGGGUAUAUUUUAUAUAUGUUUUAGUCGUGCAUGUGUACAAAGAACGGGGAACGUUUUGCAUCUGUAGGCAAGAUCGUUUCGUGUUAUUCACUUGGUAUAUAUUCAUUUCUUUUGCAUUAUUUAUUUAUUUACUGAACAUUUUUUUAAAUUUUUUUUUUACAAUUAAAAUCCCAAAACCUCUACAUCAUGUACUCGCCAUGUCGAUAAUACAGUAUAAUCUUUCAUUUUAUGAGCUUAGAAUUUCAAGCCGAUUCUUUCUGGUUAAACCGUCCACUUAGAUUCUGUUCAUACCUGCUAUUUAAUCUCUGGGUUUUAUUUUCCAACAAUGUUCUUUGAAAUGAAAGACAUAGAUAUUAUUGCUCGGUAGAAACAAAGCCGUGGGCUUAUAAUAAAGGGGCUCCAUUUGACGAGUACACACCCAUUGUUAAAUUUGUGUCUGCUCCACAAAGAAAAAAACAGCUCUGUCUGUUAUCAGAAUAUUGCUAAAUAUAGGGGGGCAGGAUGCUCAAAACGUAAUAACCUUCAUAUUUACAAAAAUUUAAACAGAUUGAUAGACAUCUACCAUUUUGAAGAUUCAUAUUAUUCAUUGUAUGCUUUAAUCCGAGGCUGCAGCUUUAUUUAAUCAAUUAAUAUUAUAUUAUUGGGACUGGGUGUGGCCGUUGAUGAUACCUCUGUCUGUACUUCAGCCAUAUUUUUUUAACAUCCCGUUUGGUCCCUCCUUUGUUUUUGCUAGAAUAUUCAGAGACGGUUGUGCACAGGGAUAUUGAAACAAAAGGCGUGUGGGACAGUAUAUUAAAUCAACCAAGGUUAUGGCUUUCUCAUGUGAGAUAUUCUAUGAAUGAUCAGCAUUAACUAGAAUAGACACCACCCAUCGCGUCCUAAUACAUUUAAAAAAAUAUAUAUUUUCCAUUUAUGUACGCGAUUUUUGUGUGGAAAUCUGUAAAAAUGUAUAUUCUGAGCAAAAAAAACAAAACGUCUUAGAAAAAAACAAAAAAACAACAACCUGAUCAAUCUGAUGUGUUGUGAAUGAUUUAAUAAUUCCAGGCAGAUUGGCGAAGUCCUUGGUUGUCAUGGUUACAAAGCUUAUCCUGAUUCCAGCCCGUAGGUGAAAAAUAAUAUGUUAUUUACCCUUUAUUUGCCUGAAGAGGCCUAAAUAAAGGCUCACACGUCUCUUCAAAAUAUAAGUAUAAACCUAAAGUAUAUAGAAAAUUGUCAUUACCUACGUAUUAUUAUAGAGUCAUUAUUAGAUCUAAUGCAGAUUGAUACAUAUAUAAUUCAUGUAUAAUUUUCAGGUGGCACCCAACAGAACACUGCCAGCCUCUUAGUUAAUAGUGAAAGGAUGUAAAAUAUGUUUCUCUUGUCGCAUGAAAUAAUUACUGUUUGUUACAAUAAAUAGCUAGAAAAUAGGCAAGCGUCAAAAUGGAUGUAAUGACUCCCAUUAGAGAUAUUAAGGAUAUAAAUAAUUGCUGUUAUGGCUCCAGGUUUAGCUACAGGACUGCAAUAGCUGUACAGUAAUUAUCCAUAUACCUCGCAGGAGGUUUUUACAGCAGAAUUCAUUCUCUACUUCAGUGAUUAUUUUCCUUCAAAUUAAACCAAACAUUGACUACUAACCUAGUAUAAGAGCUUCACCAAAGGAAAAAUACUAUAAAAAUAACAAUAGCCCUAAAACAAUAAAUAAAAACAAGUUCAGCUGUCGGAAAUCCAUUAAAACGUGUUUAAUUUGGAAUAUUUAGGAUGGUAGGCAUAUAGUAUUCCGUAUGACUAAGCAGCAGAGAAUGACGGAAAAUGCGAGGAUGCUAAGGGUAUGUUGAUAUAUGGGGCUGGUGAUCCAUCCUGUCUACUCUACCCAGGCAGUUGAUGGUCCAAAGGGUCAAGUGUUGGAACACCCCCACCCCCUAAAUGUUUGAUGCAAUAACAAAAUAAUAAAUUGAUUAAGUGUGGUAAGGACUAGUGAUAAGUGUUAAUGUAUUGUGUGUGUUAGAAAAGAACAUGUAUGAGAUUGAUAUAAUAAUCCCACCUUUAUUGAUUGCAAAUAAUUAUGUCAAGAUUUCGUCGUAUGUUUGAAGAAAAUGUCCCAUUAUCUGGGUACAGAACCUAUAUGCAUGCUUGGUUAGCUCCAACAAGAGCAUCACCGAUCGCUUUAGUAUUGGGCUGUCAGACUCUAUAGGACAGGCCUCCAUAUUGUUCUGUCUUUUGGGGCUGUUAUUGGGUAACAACGUAAGGGGUGGAGUCAGGCCUGUUUAAAGUGGUUAUUGUUUCCUAAGUGUGUGUUAUUAUCUAAUAGAUAAUUAAUAUCAAGAUGAUUUUUGGUGAGGAACAUGGAAUGACUGCUCAUUGAGAUGGGUUGAGAACAAUACGAUAAAUAAACAGAGCCCAAAAAGUCAGGGGGUCUAGAUUACAGCCCACCUUUUUUGAAACUUCACCAGUCGCUACUUCUCCACCUUAAAUGAAGACUGGCAUUCAUUUCCAAGCAAGCCUUUAUAAUUUUGAGUGAUGUUUAACAUGUGGCUAUUGCUCUUGUAGGCCAAAGUGUGCAGUCCGUCAAGGGCCCAAGAUCUUGUAAAGUAAACUAAUUUUUAAUUAUUUAUAGAAAACCAAAUAAACAUCUGAUGUAGUACAGGUAGAACAUGAGUAUUAGUAAAGAAACUUUCUAAUCACGUGGCCACAGCAGCCCAAUACUUUUGCUUGUACCCAUCGAUGGAUACAGUCAUCAAUAAAUCUGUAUGAAAGUGCUUAUGAAGAGGCAAUGGACUAUCAUAUUACUUUCAAACCUGACACUUCAAUGAAAAUAAAUGCAAUUUAACUACAGAUGAUAAAUAAGUAGAUAUGUUUUGUUUUUUUGUUGCAUAUCAAUUUAUAGUAUUUGGAUGAGAAAUCUGGUUCAACCUUCCAAUUAGAAGUCUUUACAGAAAUUCUCGUCUCUUCCCAACAAUGGACACUUAAGCAGAAUAUAUGAUCAAAAUAUAUGGUUUACAGAAUGCACUUACAGUAGAUACCUACCUCAUUGUCUACAUCUAUUAAAACAGCAAUUAUGCCCCAGGUCCCAGUAAAUCUUACUGAAUCCUCUCAUUACAUUGCCACAAUCAUUGCUAUUUUGUUUUUUUCACAUAUUUAACAUUUUUGUAUUUAAUUAUCUUUAAAAACUAGAAUCUAAUACAAUUUUAGGACAAGAUGGUCAUUCAAGUAAGUUCUCGGCAUCAAUCUAGGAUCUCCAGUGAUAAUUUACUGAUGUUAAACUGCAGGAUGGAACCAUUGGAGGGCAGAAACACACCUGCAAGAAUAUAUAGGUGGACCAUGAAAUUCUAUUGGCCUGAAUCACUCCCGCGGUGCAAAAAGUCAGAGUACGCAUCACCAAAAUGUUGUAAAGCCUGUCCCUUGAAAAUGACGAGAAUUGGUGCCAGAAUGACGCACAACAUCAGUAUGAGUUGGGACAUUACUAGAAUGAUGCUUGAGAUUCGAGGUUCUAUGGUAUAUAAGAGGAAGGGAAACUCAAAUCAGUAUGUGUGUAUAGCCAAAUACUUAAUAAAACAUCUCUAUCGCCUCCGCCUGUCUGUCAGAAGCGUUGCUAGUUGGCAAAAAGACCAAUGGCUUCAGCCCACGAGUACAUUUUAUGGCCCCACCCAUAUCUAUUGAUUUAAGCUCCUCCUAAUAUCAGGGCUAGACCCGAGUCCAACCUUGUUUUCUAUAAAUCACAUUAUGACACCAAAUCUUUGGCUGUAUUCAGAAUCUUACAUGAAACUAUAUUUAUAAAGUCCACACCAAGCCAUGCUGUAUUAACCCAUUACCCACUGGAUUAAAAUCUGCACCCAUAGCAAUUCCCUCACACUGUGCUGUGUAACUACUCCAAUUAUGUUGCAUUAAUGUGACACUGACACAUAUAUUAGGGGGGUGUUAUGUCUAUCAGUAUCGUACGGGACUAGCUAGCAGUGAAAUACGACCCAGGUCUUCUCAUGACACCACUCCAGCCACUGUCUGCUGCCCCAGCUUGGGAGUUAGGUGAAAUAAGGUAACAAGGAAUAUAAAUUAAAGGGAGAACAGAUUACUGUGAGGUCAAGAGGACUACACCUUGGUUCCGAGUAUGGACAUACUCUGAAGCUGUAUCUCCGUUGGACAGUUUGGAGGAAGAGGAGGAGGGUUCAAACAGCACUGUGUCCACCAUACCUCCGUUCUGCCUCCUUUGAGUCCCUUGUUCUAGAUGGACCUGUAGGGUCUGAGCGAAGGUCUAAUUGCUAUAAACUUUGGCCAGUCGUUAAGGCCUAUAUAAGUUUAUAGUGGUGCCAUAAUAAGGGACCAUAGCAUACAGAACAAGGUCAAAGCUUGGAACUGAGAUAAUGUAUGAAUGGUCUGCAUGGUUUACAAUAGGAUUUUGAGUAAGAAAAUGUAUACCUUGCUGUUACAAGUGUCUAUAUCAAACGGACUGCAAAUUGUAAACAUUGGACUGUUCCUUCAGUAACUGUUACAGUGACUGAAGAAAGUAUUUGACCCCCUUUAAACGUUUGCCCACUGACAAAGAAAUGAUCAGUCUAUAAUUUUAAUGGUAGGUGUUAUUUAACAGUGCGAGACAGAAUAACGAAAAAAAAAUCCAGAAAAACGCAUGUCAAAAAAGUUUUAAAUUGAUUUGCAUGUCAAUGAGUGAAAUAAGUAUUUGACCCCUUCGAUUUAGUACUUGGUGGCAAAACCCUUGUUGGUAAUCACAGAGGUCAGAUGUUUCUUGUAGUUGGCCACCAGGUUUGCACACCUCUCAGGAGGGAUUUUGUCCCACUCAUCUUUGCAGAUCCUCUCCAAGCUAUCAAGGUUUCGAGGCUGACGUUUGGCAACUCGAACUUUCAGCUCCUUCCACAGAUUUUCUAUGGGCCACUCCAGGACCUUAAUGUGCUUCUUCUUGAGACACUCCUUUGUUGCCUUGGCUAUGUGUUUGGAUCAUUGUCAAGCUUGAAUACCCAUCCACGACCCAUUUUCAAUACCCUGGCUGAGGAAAGGAGGUUCUCACCCAAGAUUUGACUUUGAUGCGGUGCAGUUGUCCUGUCCCCUUAGCAGAAAAACACCCCAAAAUCGUAAUGUUUCCACCUCCAUGUUUGACUGUGGGAAUUGUGUUCCUGGGGUCAUAGGCAGCAUUCCUCCUCCUCCGAACACGGCAAGUUGAGUUGAUGCCAAAGAGCUUGAAUUUGGUCUCAUCUGACCACAACAUUUUCACCCACUUCUCCUCUGAAUCAUUCUGAUUUUCAUUGGCAAACUUCAGACGGGCCUGUACAUGUGCUUACUUGAGCAGGGGGACCUGCAGGAUUUCAGUCCUUCAUGGCGUAGUGUGUUACCAAUUGUUUUCUUAAUGACUAUGGUCCCAGCUGCCUUAAGAUCAUUAACAAGAUCCUCCCGUGUAGUUCUGGGCUGAUUCCUCACCAUUCUCAUGAUCAUUGACCAAGGGAGACUGACAGUUAUUUUGUGUUUCUGCAAAUAAUCGCACCAACUGUUGUCACCUUCUCACCAAGCUGCUUGGCAAUGGUCUUGUAGCCCAUUCAAGCCUUGUGUAUGUCUACAAUCUUGUCCCUGACAUCCUUGGACAGCUCUUUGGUCUUGGCCAUGGUGGAGAGUUUGGAAUCUGAUUGCGUCUGUGGACAGGUGUCAUACAGGUAACGCUGAGAUUAGGAGCAUUCCCUUUAAGAGAGUGCUCCUAAUCUCAGCACAUUACCUGUAUAAAAGACACCUGGGAAACAGAAAUCUUGCUGAUUGAUAGGGGAUCAAAUACUUAUUUCACUCAUUGGCAUGCAAAUCAAUUUAUAACUUUUUUGACAUGUGUUUUUCUGGAUUUUUUUUUGUCAUUCUGUCUCUCACUGUUAAAGUACACCUACCAUUAAAAUUAUAGACUGAUUUUUUAAGUUAGUUUACUAACAUUUUACAUAUUUCCUUUUUUUUUUUUAAAUCAUCUAACUAUUUGUGGACAUGGCUUAUGUUUUUUGAUUGUGUUUUAUUAGUGGGGGGAGGGGUUCCAACACUGUCCCUCUAAUCUUAAGACUAUUUUGGAGGGACACUUGAGAGAUACUCCCAGUGGAUCUUGUAAUGCUUUGAGUAAUCUUAGAGAGUAGUUUACUUUUGUCUCAAAGUAAAGAAAGGUUUGUUUCUAUGUAUCCUAUCAGGGGUUGUUCUCAAUCCAGUACAUAAGAUGUGUUGGACACAUUUGGUCAGAUAAAGGGACAAUGCUUUCUUUAUCUUUAUUCAUCUGUAAAUACUGGACCUUUGUUAGCCUUUAAGAAUUGUAGUUGGAUUAUCAAUUCCAAUUUAUAUUAUUUCCUUUUUAUUCGGGUCCAGGUCUUGUUACAUUGAUAUUCCUGCAUAGUUCAGUGUGAAUGUCAUAACUAUAGUAGAUCCACGUCAACUUUCUACCUAUUGCACAUCAAAGCAAUUUAGAGAGGUUAGGAUUCCUUUGUAUAUUUUUUUUGUGAUUAUAAGUAUGUUUUAAGUCCUCUAGUUCUCCAAAGUUAAAGUAAUAUCCCAAACACCUAAAGCACUUUUGAUGUGCCCUCUGUUUUUCAUUUUACACAAAGUGCAGAAUUCAAUAGAUUGUGACACUUUUAUAAACUUACUUUGUUACACCUCCUGGCUGUCAAUCAGACAACUGGUUCUGUUACUUGGCAAUUGGUUGAUUAGCUCAGUGGACAGGGCCGGCACUUGCUAUAGACGACUUAGGAAGGGGCGCCGCCAGGAGUGCCAGCCCCUCUCAUGCUGCAGCUGCCUGAGCACUCUAAAUACUGUAGUGCCUCAGGCGGCUGCAGCACUGCGCGGGCCGGCGCUUCCAUUAGAAAUGAGGGAUCGGCAGGAGGGAAGUGCACAGUGCUUCCUCCUGUCAGUCCCUCAGUGUAUCAUGGCCGAGCUCUGCUCCAGUCCGGUCCACAGUACAGGAGCAUCCGUUUCCUGUACCCAGCCGGACUGACAGGAAGUGCUCACUCAGUGACAGUGGCUGGGUACCGGAAACAGAAGGAGGGUGGGGGAGAGGAGAGACCACUAAUGGGGUGAGGAAGAGGAGAGACCACUAAGGUACAGCGGAGGAGAGGAGAGAUGACUAAGGGACAGGAGGGAGAGCUCUAAAGGACAUGGGGUAGGAGAGAGCACUAAGUGACGGGGGGAGCACCACGGGUUGGGGAGGGGGGAAGCACCAAGGGACAGGGGGGUAGGAGAGAGCUCUAAGGGACAGGGGGAGGAGAGGAGACUACCAAGGGACGGGUGGGAGUGAAGGAGAUUAUUAAGGGACAGGGGAGUGGAAGACACACAGAGAGGCUAAGGAAGGGGGGAAAGAGAAGCACAAAAAGAGACAUACAGAGGGGCUCAGGAGGGAGACACACAAAGGGGCUGGGGCGACUAAGACACACAAAGAAGUUGGGAGGAUGUAGGAGACAUACAAAGAGGGGGUAAAGGACAAACAAAGGGCUUGCAAGAGAUACACUAAAAUUCUAUUUUUUCUGCUCCCCUCUCAGCCCCUAUCCUAUCCCACAAACUCUCUCUUUCACAAUAUACACACACACACACACACACAUGCAAUGGAUCCCUAUACACACACAAACACACCAUGCUUCCCUUACACACAGAGAAACACACAGUGCAUCCAUUACACACACACAAUGCAUCCAUUACACACAAAGACAAUGCAUCCCUUGAACAAAUACACAGAAACACACAAUGCAUCCCUUACAGACAGAAACCUUACAUUAAAAGGACACUAUAGUCCCCAGAACCACUGCAGCUUAAUGAAGUGGUUCUGGUGUCCAUAGCCUGUCCUUGCAGGCUUUUUACUGUAAACACACACUGUGUGCAGCACUGAUGUUGGUUCAUAUGACAGAUCAUAUGGGUGGGGCAUUGUGAUGUCACAUGGUGGGCAGCUCAUAUGGGGGGAGGGGCAAAUUUUUAUUUUGCCUAGGGCGGAAAAAAUCCUUGCACCGGCCCUGUCACUUAAGAGGCAUCAAUUGCCCAGAGCACGUGCCUUGCAAAGACUUUUUAUUGAGCUGCAUUGGGAAGUCUGUGAUUGGACAGUCACAGAAAGUCUGGGCGGGCUUAGAAGAGGAGGGUUUGCAAAGGCUGCAGACAAGAGAUCUGCUGCUUUUACAAGUUGUCUUUAGAUUUACCCCAUUAAAAAAAAACAUAGUUAAAUGCAUACAUGUUUUCAUUGGAGUAUAUCUACUAAAUAGUGAUUUGUUUUUUUUUGUAUUGUGCAGUGUUGUAUUUAGGCAGUGGAGUAUCCCUUUAAAGUGGUUAAAAAUGCAAGAUUUAGGGAAUCAAAAGUAGCAAUAAAAACUGAAUUCAAUAAUAGCGCAAACUCCCAACCUAACUCCAAAAAUUAGAACAGUGGGUUACAUAAUAAAAAUAGAACAUAACAAUCAGAAUAUUGUAAGGUGUGAUAAAAGGGAAGAUUAAUACAGGUUCAAAAAGUACACCGCGAGCUUAACACAAAGGAAAGAAAACACAAGGAGUGUAUUCUCAGCAUGAUACACAUAAAGUAAUAAUCAGGACCAAGAAAACACCCACACCGUCGAUACACUAAAUGACAUGUUCUGCCUGCAGGGUAUCCGUUUUUCUUUUGAUGGCUGUAAAAUAUAUAAAUUAUUUAAAAUGUGUCCUCCUAUUUAAAUAACCACCUUUGUGACAAGUGGGCAUUAGUUAUUUCUUGUAAUGAUUCAUCACUGGCGUCAAACUUGCGUACCGAGUAGACAACUAUUUCAUUUUCUGAACAAUCUACUGAAAGUGACAAACCUGAAUUAUGCUAGUGCAGAUAAGACUUGCUAAGGAAGACUUUAUAACGUUUUUUCCAUAUGUAGAUUUCAUUGUUAAAAUAUGUUUUUGUUCUUCAAAACGUUAUAAUUACUUACAGCUGAUAGUUUGUUCGCUAAAUAACGACAGCCGGGUUGCAAAAAUGUUACAUAGUAGAGAUUUUGUUUACGCUUGGUUGUUUUGCUAACAUUUUGCAAUGUGGCCGAAAUUCACAGUUAAAUUUUGCAAUGUGGCCACAAUUCACAGUUAAAGGACCACUCUAGGCACCCAGACCACUUCAGCUUAAUGAGGUGGUCUGGGUGCCAGGUCCAGCUAGGAUUAACCCUUUCUGCUGUAAACAUAGCAGUCUCAGAGAAAUUAGGGUUAAUCCAGCCUCUAAAGCCUCUAGUGGCUGUCUCAUUGACAGCCGCUAGAGGCGCUUGCGUGCUUCUCACUGUGAAAAUCACAGUGAGAACACACAAGCGUCCAUAGGAAAGCAUUGUAAAUGCUUUCCUAUGAGACCGGCUGAAUGCGUGCACAGCUCCUGCCGCGCAUGCGCAUUCAGCCAAAGAGGAGGAGAGGAGGCAGAGAGGAGGAGGAGAGCUCCCCACCCGGCGCUGGAAUAAAGGUGAGUUUAACCCCUUUCCUCGCCAUCCAGCCCGGCGGGAGGGGGUCCCUCAGGGCACUAUAGUGCCAUCAAAACGAGUAUGUUUUCCUGGCACUAUAGUGGUCCUUUAAAACGGAUGUGAGAAAAGCUGAAGUUGAUGGAAGCAUGUCUCUUUUCAGCCUAUGUAACUAUGGUAAAUAAUUUAUCGCCUGGAGCAGGGAUAGGCAACCUUCGGCACUCCAGAUGUUGUGGACUACAUCCCCCAUAAUGCUCUUACACCCAGAAUGCUUGCAAAGCAUCAUGGGAGGUUUAGUCCAAAACAUCUGGAGUGCCGAAAGUUGCCUAUGCCUGGCCUGGAGCAUAUCCACACACGCUUUGAACAAAUCAACAUUAAAUAUGGUUAGAGAGAUCUACUUAUUAAAACGUUUGUGGGUGUUGGUUGGCUUCAUGUCUUUGUGUUAAAUGGGUGGAUUUAUCACUAACCAUGAAUUCUUCCGGUCUUCCCUUCCAGCUAUUGACUUGUUAUACUGGCGGGAUGUAAAGCAGACCAGCAUAAUGUUUGGAAGUGUCCUUCUAAUGCUCUUCUCACUGACUCAGUUCAGCGUGGUCAGCGUCAUCGCCUACCUAGCUCUCGCUGCACUCUCAGCCACAAUCAGCUUCCGAAUCUACAAAUCAGUCUUACAAGCCGUUCAGAAAACCGAUGAGGGACAUCCUUUCAAGUGAGUUGUUAUCACUGACCAGAUCAUUUCAGAUGGUGUUCAUAGACUGUAUUUGUAAUACCCCUUAGUACUUAUUAAUUUAGCGACAUCAUCCUGUCCUUUCUAUCUCUCCCUUCCAUCCUGCAAUGUUUUCUUACUGCUGUGUGUGACGUCAUGACUUAGGUUUCUUUAAAAAAACAAUAUUCAAUGUAGGGGACUGCAAGCAAACAACAUUCAAUGUAGAAAAUAAUGGCAUUGAGAUCGUGGUGCUCCAGACCCUGUUAGCAUCCUACAAGAGAAAGCCGACAGUUGAACUCUAUUGUCUGCUCACAUGCACACUUACAUAUAGUAAAUAUCAGUCACUGCCUGCUGUAGUGAGAGCUCAUUGCAAAUCCGGCACAGCCUUGAACUUUGCAGAAAAUGCAAGGUCUUCAAAUAUGAAUCUAGUUUAUUUUAUUUUGCUGGAUUCCUAACACUAUAGCGCUGCUGUCCCUUGUCCUACACAGUUCUCCCUUAAAAAUGAACCAAAUUAAAGGUGUACUCACCUUUUCCCAACAAUGAGAACCCCUCGGUGCUGCUCACUUCUCUGCCUCGUGCUACAUCAUGGCCUCCUUCGUGAUGGUCUUUGUGAACUUUAUUAACCAUUGACCAGUUUCAGCAAGAACCACAUGGGCAUUCAAGCUUCCCCGUAGGAAAGCACUAAAUGUAGUGCUUUCCUAUGGGCUUCCUCCUCACGUGACUGUGUUUUACUUGGUCAGUGCAGUAUAAGAGCCUUGGUACGCUAUCAGGAAAGCAGUCACUAGAACUGGAUUUAACCCUGCAAUGUAAUCUUUGCAGUUUCUAAAAAAUAAAUACUUUGCAGGGUUAAAACACAGUCAUUGCACCCAGACCACUUCAUUGAGAAGUUUCCUGAUUUACUAUAUUGUUCCUUUAACAUAAACUAUAGGCUUGCUAUAGCACAAUUUCCUUUUUUUGCAAACAAAACCACAUUUUUGUUUCAAAGCAAACAUAGCAGAGGGCAGAAAACUGGAAUAUAUUGGUUAUACAGGCAAUAAUAGGGUUUAAAGAACAUGUAUUAUAGAAAUAAUAUUUAUUGUAUUGUUAACCAUCGUAUCAUAGAUAAUAUGUGAUAUGUAGCUGAACUAUGCAACAUAACAUUGAAUUGCAUUGAAUUAACCCUCCUAGAUCCAGUUUAAAUUAUUACGGGGCAGCUCCAUGUUUUUCAGAUACAUACUAAAAAAAACGCUGUUUUUAUAAGAUUUUAUUUUUUUAAAAACCUACAUUAAAUGCACAAGUGAACUUGUACAUAACUUAACUGUCAGCUCUUCUGGCAGGACUUUGUCAGCGUUGCAGUUAUUGUAGGGGAUUCUCAUUGAAUAUGGCUCAUAGAUAGUGCUAUAAAGUGCUGUGCAUGCGCAAGGCUGUGAGUGAGUGCAUUUACAUUAUGUAACGCCAGUUCAGCGCUAGAUUCCACGUAUAUCACAGCUGGCAUCACCUAAGAAACUUCACUCUCUUUCUGUCUGCCAGUUGCUGGGUUGCAAGCUUCCAAUAUUGGGAGGUAGCCCUCUGCCCCUUUAAACAGCCUGUAGUGCGGGUAACGUCUGGCUAGUACCUUCUGGAACACUUCAUUAUAAAGCAUUAUAAUAAGCCAGUAAUAAAACAGGAUUUUGUUACAUCAUUUCAGAAGCUACUUGGAUGUGGAAAUCUCCCUCUCCCAAGAGCAAAUCCAGAAGUACACAGACUGUCUUCAAGCCUAUACAAACUGCAUUGUUAAAGAACUGAGGAGGCUUUUCCUAGUGCAGGAUCUCGUGGAUUCAUUAAAAGUAAGUUUGGCCGUCUUUUGAGAACACCAGGGAACUGUCCCCAACAAUCAUAGCGCGAGAGCAUCGUUAGACACAUUGCGCUACAGUGAAACAGGGCUCCCUGCAUGUCCUGGCCUCCGUGGGCCGGCCUGUAUGAUUGACAGGCAACCUGGUGUGCAUUAAUGACAUUCUGAUAUGCCAUUAACUUAGGCGUGGGCGGGAGGUAUGAUAUCUGCGCUUACAACUGUGAUAUCCAAUGUCCCAUUGAGUUUGGUGGGCAAACAUAUCUAAAAAUGUGUGGAUACUUUUGCUCAGUCUAUCUAUCAAUAUAUCUGUCUAGAUAUCUAUUGAUCAAUGUGAGCUGUUGUGAUUCAUCUGUGUUUUUAUGUGUAAAACUUUUUAUGAGAGCGCCCUGUGUUAAAAGCAGGUUCUGUAUAUUUCAUCCCAGUGUACAUAGAAAAAAACACUGGGCCCUGCCUAUAUAAAUAGUUUUCUAUGUGGAGACAUCAGCGACCCUAGAACCCUAAAAAUAUAGGAGGUGUUGCUGUAGAUGAGGAAUAAAUGGGCCAAUAUGAUUGGCUUGGCUAUUCCAGACGAUCAUAUUGACUUGCAGCUGCUGCACAGGGGCUGUAAAUCUCUUAUGUCACAGUGUAUAUAGUGUCAUUUUACGUAGGCUACAGACCUAUGGCAGUUAUGUUUGUAAUUGUUACAAUGUUGUAUUUUCUCAUUUUUAUUAAUCUCUUUUUUUUUUUCAAGUUCGCUGUUUUAAUGUGGCUGUUGACGUACGUCGGUGCUCUUUUCAAUGGACUCACACUUCUCAUCAUGGGUAAGCUGUUAGCUCCUUUGGUGCAAUUCUAAGAACUGGUUUAUAUUUGCAUUACAUAGUUCCAUUCAAACAUCAACAAUUGUAUAUCGCAUCAUCAUGAUUGCGCAAUGAAGAAAAUUAUACCUUGAAAAAAGAAUGGACCAACGCCACUCCCUACAUAGUUUGGAGUUUUUAUUUUUGGAUGCAGACCCAGGGGAGUAUACUAAGCUAUAUUACACUAUACUAAAUAAUAUCUGUUAAUGAAGUAUAAUCUGAAAUUGACAAGUUCCUGGGAACGCUAAAGAUUUUUCUUCAUUUGGUAUUUUGCACACAGACAUUUGUUCUAAAUUCUGCAAACAUUCAUUAACCCUUUGUUUUACAAAUCAAUGAAACGUUCAAGAAAUUUUUUUUAAGUAACGUAAAAGCUGUGAGAAAUAAACAGUGCACACAUUCAGUGUUAUUCAAUAUAAUAGGAAUUGCUGGGAAUUAGCAAGAGAAUCACACAUUUUAGAAAAUAGCUAGUCAGGAAAAAUACUAGUUUUUUUUUUCCUCCCAGCAUUUCUCUAACCAUGUUAGGAUUUCUGGGUAUAAACCUUCUGCUGUUAUCACGUAAUAACUUUACAUGUGUUGUAGACAGGUGAGUAACAUGCCUUGCGUGAUGAUGUUUGUAACCUCUUUUGUUUUGUAGCCGUGGUGUCUAUGUUUUCACUUCCAGCCGUCUAUGACAAGUAUCAAGUAAGUAAUCAAUAUUUCUUAUCUAAAAAAUUUGAAAGUGCGCUUUUUAUAAUAUAAUAAUCCAAAUUACCAUUCCAUCCUAGGCGCAGAUUGACCAGUAUUUGGGACUUGUGAGGACAAAUAUUAACACCAUUGUGGCAAAGUAGGUUAAUACUUUCAGCUGUGAAAUUAAACUGUAUGGUCUAUAGGACACGUUAACAUGUUUUAAAGUAAAUUUGUAUAUUGUAAGAUAUUAGAACCUUCCAAUUAAAUCAUUAUAUUAUUUACUGUUGAGCGGUACAAAGAUUUAAAGUGAUCUGUCAUCUUACUUUAACACAAUAAAAAAUUUUAUUGAAAGCUAGCUAUAGGCUGAUCUAGUUUUCAGUGUAUCCAGUUAAAAAAUGUUUGCUAAAAUAAUUCUAUACAUCUACCAACAGUUAAAAAAAAUACAAAUCAAGGACAACUUACGAAUAUAGAAUUUUUCACAACAGAUGUUUUAUUUGCAUUUUAGCAAUUUAAAUUAAACAGCACAGAGCAAACAACAUAGAGUCUAGAAACCCAGAGUGUCACGGGUGGCAGUCCGAAGACCGGGACCCCUGAGUACCUGAUGAUGAUGAUAGGAGUCUCAGGGAGGAAAUAGACAAUCAGGGUCUGGUGCAGGGUAACCCCCCCAAUCCCCACUAGUGUUGAGCACCAGGGUUUGUGCGGCCACAUACCAGAGCCCUGAUGCAGCAUAAGCGGAUGCCAGGAGCUGAUAUUAAACAGAUACGUAUCCAGUACUGGAAACAAGGUAAGACUAGAACAGGCACCAAACAAGAUAACAAGAAAAGACUAGAAGAACCCAGAACCGGAGCAGGACAGAAAGCAGAACCCAGAACAUGUACACAAUACAUGAGGGAAACAUGAAUGGGACAUGGACAGGGCAGGACAGGACUGUGCAUGAACUGGGAAUACAAGACAAAAUAAAACAAGACAAGAGAUACACGGCAAAACAAGAGGAUACAUAACCAAGUACUAUAUAUGUAAUAAACAUUGGAGACAUACAUUGGAGACAUACAUAAAUGGCCAAGAUGUAUGCAGCCCACCACUGCGCCAAAGUACUCCAAGUACGGUGGGUCCUAACUGCCUAGAUAUGCAUAACUAAAUAAACAAUAAAACACACACAGUACUUACCUGCAAAUAAAGGAGCAGAGCUAAUGAGACCACUGCUUGCAGGAACAGACUGAAACAAAAAGGAUUAAUGGCAAAGGAACCGGUGAGGCAACAAAAAACAAACAUUUAAAGGAAUCAAGGACUGGGAAUUCCAGGAACGGAAUACAGGAAUGAACCCAGAAAAUAAAGCAUAAAGAAAACCAGAAAUAGAAUAGAAAACCAGAAAAACCAAGAAAAACUAAACAAGUAUUGUAAAAAGAGUACUGGAUACCAGAAGCCAUUGCCAGAAAUGAUCCGCAACAGGAACAGGAUGUGACACUGCGUACACGAGAGAAACGUCAUGUUAGAUCUAAUAGAGGCUCUAGAAAAGGUUUAAACUGUAUAACAAGUACCAAGGAAUACACAUUUAUGUUUGUGCAUUUUCAUAAACAACUAUAACAUGAAAAGAUGACAGACCAUAGUUUAAAAACAAUAGAAAAAUCACAGCGAUAUAUAUUUAAUAUAUUCUAAAGCAGGCAUGGGCAACCUUUGGCACUCCAGAUGUUUUGGACUACACCUCCCAUGAUGUUUUGCCAGAUUGUGGGUAUUGUAGCAUUAUGGGGGAUAUAGUCCACAACAUCUGGAAUGCUGAAGGUUGCCUAUCCCUGUUCUAAAGGUUCGUGUAUGUGGAAAUGUGUUAUUUAAUGUAUAUUUACAACUUCUCGACAUUCAAAAAAAUAGCAAUUAUGUAUAAAAGUGCUGUAUUCUGAACAGUGAUCUAAAUAAAGUACCAAAUGUGGUAACAAAUCUAACGAGAAGGCACAUUCACAUUGUUGGUUCCACUAUUUUAAAUUUUUAGACCACUUUGCAGAACAUGACACUUUUUUACAUAACCCUUAUAGUUUACUACAAAUGUGGAGACGUUUUAGGUUCAGUUGAUUAAAAUCGAACUAAAGACGUGUCACUUUAAAAAAAAGUCUUGUUUGUAAGAGAUUCUUUCAGAACAAGGUGGAGAACGCGUCUAGAAACCAGCUAGGUGGAGAACUCAUCCAAAACCGUAGGCUCUAGAACACUACAGCAACCCUGGAGAGAAAGACAUAUUGGAAAAUUAGAAUAAUCUAAUCAGGGUUUAUCAUUUCAAGUCCCAUGCUACUGGGCAGUCCCAAACGUAACUAGCCAUUCCAAGUCUAAAGGGUUCUUGGCACACAGCAGGGGUGAAUUUCUACAUGCCAGGGCUGAAUUUUUACUUGCCAAUGGCGAGUCGGUUAGUGGACAUUUUGAGCUCUGACGUAAUAAUAUGAAAACAUAAACAUAUCUAUUAUUUAUUUUUAUUUUUUAAUGGGUGCCAUAUUUUUGUCUUUCAUUUUUUCUGCAUCGUGCUAAUUGUUGAUUGCAUUUCCAGGAUCCAGGCUAAAAUCCCAGGUACUAAACAGAAGGAAUAA